GGAACAGCCACUUCCAGGUUUUGAUCAUUUGAGAGCCAAAACCAAGGUACGACUGUACAUUGAUCCCAUUCACGUUGGGUUUCCUAUUCUGUUAAAUGACUAUGAAUAGUCAGGCACCUCUUUCAAGUCAUUGUGCUGAAUACAUGAACACCAAGAGGUUGGACUCAGAGAUGUAUGUGGUGUUGGGAGAAGACCCAGUCACGUGGUCUGUUUCUGUUGAGUACCUUUGAGGUAUGGAUGAUAUCUGAAAAGUGCUUUUAUCUCAUAGAGUUCACUAACAGUCGCCAAGAUCAGAGCUAGGCAUAGGGGGAAGAAAUUUGAUUCACUUCACUUUUUAAAGGCAAACCUACCCAGUCUGCACUUUCUAAAACAAUACAUGAACAAUACACAGCCAUCCUUCAAAAGCCACACUUUGACAAAUUUAGCAAUGCAGUUCUUCAGCCCAAGCAACGUGAAAAUGCAUUAUAUUUGGCUGGGUGGGUGGGGAGUUGCUUUGCAAAAAUCUGUAUUCGGCAAAAUCAUUUUUUGAAAAUGGUUAGGAGAAAUUUGCAGUAGAACACUGAGGACUCUUUAAAAAUAAAUAAAGAAAUCACAGAUGGAUGUUGAAAUGUGCAGACUUGAGAGUCGGGAAUGAGAAAGUGAGAGAAAACAAAGUAGAUAGAUUUCCUUAUACUGAAUCAGAGCCAAUCCUGCUACAUAGCUUUUCAUCGUUGUCUGCACAUCUCCACCUGGUUUCCUUGUGUGAUUCUAGGAUGAGAUACAUCUUUAUUUUUGCUUUUAAGUUUGUGGCCAAGAAAGAGAAUGUUGAGAAUUGGCUGUGAUAGCUAGAUAGCUAGAUACAUAUAUACACUGAUGAUAAAAAAUAUAGGCUGCUUUAAUUUGGCUAUGGAUAAAUCCUGUAGCUCCAUUACAUUCAAGGUCUUUCCAGACCAGUCUGUGCUCAACCUUUCUCAGCCGGCCCUUUCCACGUGAAUUUCAAUUAUACCAUUUCCACUUUUGUACUAGUUUUCUGCCAUAAAUAUGGCAGAGGAGACACUUCCAUUAUGAGCCUCUGACUUCCAGGAAUUGAAUGAACAGAGCUGGCCAAAACAAAUUCAAAGAAAUCAACCCACUGUAUCUUGUACUGAACAGAUUCAAGAACAAAAUCACUGACCUGGGUCAUUCUGUGGUAGCUUGCAUUACAACAAAGAAAAGAAAAUGUGAAAUAACAUUUUGCUUUGGAAGGUUGGAUUCCUACAGCCCCUGGAAGGGCAUUGUAACCCCCUCCCAUUCCUGCUGUCAUGGAAACAUCCACAGCCAUGGUCCUUACUGACAUCAGAGCUCUGAUCUUGGUGGGGGAGGAUUUGGUUUGGUUCACACAACCCUUCCUAAGCUUUCUGAAACAAUGUGCAAAACGAAAUGCCACUAUUGCAAACGCACCCUUCCCCAAGUUUUGAGAUGCAGAUUUCCACCCUCAAAAUGAAUUUAAAUUGCAUAUAUUGGGAAAAGGUGUCCAUAAAAAUGGAUGUAUUAGUGAAAAUAACAUACGAAAACACAUUAUAUUAGAAGAGAGAAUGUUUUUGACAGUGUGUAUGUUAAACAAAAUGGCGUGCAACAGUUUAUAUAGAGGAGAAGAAAUGGGUACUCAAAUGCUGAUAAAUUUUCAUGAGUACAUUAGAAAAAAACAAUAGCAAACUGACGCACAAGCAUGGGAAACGGAACUUUAGAGGGAGGAAAAAUGAGGAACUGGGGGAAACUGACUUUUUUGGAAUCAUCCAUUUCUGGUAGGGGUAUUCACAUGUUAUAGUCAACAAGUGUACAAUCUGCAUUCACAAAGAGAAAUUGCACAAAUCAACAAAGGCGCACUCUUUCACACAAACACUUGAACAUCUGUAGAAACAGCUGGUACCUGUGUUUAGUAUAACAUGUGAACAGAUCUUAGUGUCAGGUUGGUUUGAGGGCAUAUGGAGGGAGUGUCAGGAAAUGGCUUCAACCCAAAGGAUCCCAAUCUAUUCAACACGCCCCCAAACAAAGAAGAGAUUUAGACAAGCUCAUGGCUAUGUCUAGAUCUCCCCAUCUUUUCUCUUUCCCAUUUCUGAGUCUUGUGUCAAUGUUGUUUGGUGAGGAUCAACUACAUGUGUAAAUAGCAACUUAAUGCUGUUGUCAUCAAAUCAUGAACAUGCACAUGUGAACAGGGUUCUAGAGGCCUUUGCACCACACGCUUUGUUGAUAGACACACAAUAUUUGCAUUAUCAGUAUUGGGAUGAACAGGAAUGGCUUUUUAAAGAUUAGGCUACAAUGGCCUGAGCCUACAGGGGAUUUGCCCAAGGCCACCCAUUGUGAGUAAAUAUUUUGCAACGUUUUCAUUCAUCCUAGCCUUCCAAGCCUAGUAGUUGAGCCAUUGCACCACAUGAGAGAUCUAGACAAGCAUUCUAAAUGUAUUUCUGUCAUGAUUUCCAUAAUAAAAAACCCAUUCCUUGCAUAUUGAAGCUUCAGUCAUGUACCAUUUACUUACUCAUAAAUCCUUCUGACAUCAGUGGGACUUAUACAUGCAUUAAUGAUGGCAGCGUGGUAUCCUUACAUUGUGAAUUAAUGACCUAGAUAUUAACCAACACUGGUCUCGGGGAUGGGUGGGUGGAAUCACAGUGCUGUUUAAGGUGAUAAGACAAGCUGAAUAUGAUGUAUGUGUUUUGUCUACACUCUCUGUAUUCUUGUAUUUUUGGAAUAGAAACCAAUGGGACUUCAGCCCAAACAAUGGUAUUGAGGUUACCAGGCAUUCAGGAUAUGUCUUCCAAUGUGGCAAAACUUGUCUCAUCAUUGAACUCCAUACAAAUAUAAACUACUGAUAGCCGUGGCAGUGGAAAAUGAUCAGAAUGGAUCUUUUUUAUUAUAAGCUAAGUAAAAAGUUAAUUUGCAAUGUGUGAACCAUUAACCACAGUGACCCCUUUAAUUAGACUACGCUUGCUCUAACACCCCAAAUGGAAGCCAUAUGUUCUUUCCCAUGAACUCUGUAGACUUCUGUGAGAUCAUCACUUCCAUACCAUAAUAGUUUACUCCUUUCAUGAGACUUCUAGUCCAAUAAAGAUACCUUCAGUAAUUAAACUUCUCUCUUUCUCUCACAAAUGGAUUCAAGCUUAGGCAGAUCAAGAUGAGAGAGAGAGAGAGAGAACAUGUCUGAUUAAAAAAGAUAACUUUUGUGCCAAAACCAGGACCCCUGACCUAUUGGUACAAUUACUCAAAGCUUAAUAUGGUUUAUGGCUCACUUGAGUCCCCAUCCAUUGUGACCUAGUAAAAGUGUUGUACUUUAGAGAAACCUCUCUAAAGGUCAAAUGAUUGGGAAGGCAAAUUGCUUAGCGAUGAACAAUGUAUUUACUAGAUGUGUUGCAAAAGGAAAAGAGGGAGUUGUAAAACCUGGAAUUACAUUUGGGAUCAUUUUCUGUUCUCAACCUGCUUUGAAUGCUGUAGAGGCACAUAAUAAUGGCUUAUGGAUAUAAAUGUAAUGUGUUUGGCAUUCAUAUUGGAUUUCUGCUGUGGCUUGUGAAGUGGAAUGCUAGUAGGAACUGCUAGUAGUUUCUGCUGGAUGAUCAAGGAGGGAUGGGAGUUCUUAUCGUUGCCAGAAAUUAGUGGGAGGUGGUGCUGGAGGAAAUGGAUACAUCACUUAGGGCUGGAUGAAUCUGUCAAUUUCAGCUUCUCAUAUUCUCCAGUCUUAAAUUCACUUCACAACAUUUCUGCAUCUGGUUGCAUUUUUAAAAGUCUUCACCAAAAUCCAUCAGCAUUUUAGUGUCCAUUUCUCUUAAUAUAUACAUGUUUUGCAAGCACUUUUGACCGAUACAGUGCCUUUUUGUGUGCUGUUUUCACUAAUGCAAUUUCCCCCUUAAUACAUACCUUUUAGUACAAAUUAUUUGAUUGGAGAACCUCAUCACAAAGUUCAGAGAAGUGCGGAUUUUGUAGGUUUCCGUCAAAAUAUGAACUGAAUCUGAUUUCUCCCACAUCUCUCACUGGCAUCGUGGAAGUCUGCAGUUGUUGAUUGAUGGCAGCUAUUGACUCAGCAAUUUCAUUAUUGGACAGAGGUGCCCCCUGCCAUUACUUCCCUCACUUAUGGGAAACCUCUAGUUCCUCCAGAUAUUGCUCAACUACAACUCUCAUCAUCUCUGACUACCCCUCAGCCAAAAACACUUGAAGGACCACAUAUUUUCCACCCACUGAUUAUUGAAGUUCAUUUAACUUCAGUAACCACUAGCAGUGACAUGUGAAAUAGUUGGAACUACAGUCUCCCAUUGACUGUUUGCUCCAUAUCCUGAUGAAUUUCCAAGUGGACCUUAGUAUGCCCCCCCACACACAAAUGAGUGGCUGGUUUGCAUUCCAUUCUAUGGCAAAAUCAAUUGAUAAAUAAUUGGUCUUGUGGAUUCUGUUGUCAUGAAGGUCAAAUGUGCCUUCUAACCUUGACACUGAUGGGCCGGCUCUCAUUGGCAGAGAACUUGAGAGGGUUGUGGUGCCAUUUGCCUCUUUGCAAAGGAUUCACAGAAACAUAUUGAAUCCCCCAUGUUUCUUACAUAUAUACAGACUCAUUCUCUAGACAUUCCCUACUCAUCAUAAUGGAGUACACUUCAUUAGAGGUCCUUUUAUUCACCAUCAGCCAGUUGGUCUGGGGCAGGUCUUAUGAGCCAACUGCUAUUUUCAAUACCAUAAUUAACAAUACAGUGGUACCUCGAGUUAAGAACUUAAUUCGUUCUGGAGGUCCGUUCUUAACCUGAAACUGUUCUUAACCUGAGGUACCACUUUAGCUAAUGGGGCCUCCCACUGCUGCGCGAUUUCUGUUCUCAUCCUGAAGCAAAGUUCUUAACCCUGAGGUACUAUUUCUGGGUUAGCGGAGUCUGUAACCUGAAGCAUCUGUAACCCGAGGUACCACUGUACACAAAAUGCAAAGAUUGCCAUGUGGGAGGGUGGGCAUAAGGAAAAAUUCCAAACUCCACAGCUGGGUUGUUGGGAUCAACCCAAAAUAUCACAAAAUAAUGAACAAGUUUUUAAAAGAUAUCUAUCUCCAAUUUGCUUUUUUAUUACAGUACUUUAUUGCAGUAAAAAAGAUCUGAUAAGAUAAGGUGUGUGUGUAUGCACCCCAUCUCACCUUGUUGGGGGGGGCACCUUUUUCCUCUUAGUGCACUUGACCUUGGAAAUGUUUAGAGAGUACAAGACAAGAAAAAUGUCCUAUUUUCCAGCACUGUCAUCCAUUACUCAGCUGAGCGGAGACUUGCCAUCCAAAAGUGGGAGAGGAAUUAAAAGAGAGAGAGACUCAAAGGGAACACAAAUUACAUUUGCUGUGAUCAGAUAACAAGGAAAUACAGUCAAGUCCCCCUCAUGCCCUGAGGGGAAACACGUCUAAUUACACAUUCAGCAGUGCUAAUAUUUCCUUUAAGGCAAUGUGUAAGGAGACAAAACCAGGGUGGCAACUUGCAAAGACUUUUCUUCCCUCCAUCUCUCUUUCUCUCUUUCUUUUCCCCUUUUCCCUGACCCCAGUGGUUAUCUCCUGAUUUAUCAGCAAUACUAGAUGGAUUUUUUCACAUCAGUAGGCACCAUCCAGAAAGAAAACCAAAACAAAGCAAAGCAAAACAAAGCAUAACAAUCACAAAGAAAAUCCAGGAAAAAUAAAUCAAUGUCCACAAAGAAACUGACCAAUUUCGGAAAGACCAAUUUAUUCAUAAAAGCUAUAGUCUGCAAGAGGCACCUUCCUUCUCUUCCAUCCAUAAUAUCAUUGAAUGGUGGCCCAAGACACAGCCAGAGGAAAUGGUUGUUUGUUAGGUUUUCUAUUGUUUCUCUCUAAGAGCUUCAACUUUCUUUAGCUUAUGUUCUCAAUCUCUUUCUCACACACACACCACUUUACAUUUCAAAAAAGGCUUCUUAAUGAAUUCUGGCUGAUCACUAUCCUAAUUAAUUUACGAUAGCAGGGAAAAUGGAGCUCGCUGAAUAGAUACAGUGGGGUAGGCUGGGGGGGGGGCUCCCCUGUGCUCUGCCUGCAAAGUCCAGGGUGCUGCUGCAGGUAAACCUGUUCCAUACUUGGGGAUGUGUUCCACCAUUGCUCUUCGAAGGUCGCAGUUGCGCCUUUAUGGGAGCAGUGUUUUGCAAAAGACCCAGGCGACGACACGCUCCUGCAAUCUUUCUUGUAUUAAUUGCUCAUUCUCCCCUCAGGGAGAUUGCAUCUCCUAUCUUGAAUAUGAGAGAGAGGUUGUUUGGGUUUCUUUUCAAAGGAGCAAAUGAGUUUUCGUUGUCAGGGAAAGAAAGGCUUUCUUAAAUUCUUCUCACUCGUGCACCGGAGAUGUGUCAAGCGCUCCAAUAGCUCAAGUUUUUUUGGGGGGGGCAAAUGAGGUUAAGGAGUCAGGAAACUGAUGGAUUUACAGACUUAGCACAGCAAGAGCUAGCGUGCACGUGUGUGUGUGUGUGCGCGCGCACACACACACACGCACACCGCACAAGAAUGAAAGAGAAGUAAAGACUUUUGAAUGGACAGCCUCUUGUAAAGGAUCACAUCACAAACUAAGCUUUCAGGUCAUCACACCAGCUUCCAAUAGUGGUUGCCACACAAAAUAGAUAAAUAAGAAAUGUUUUGAUGAAAAUUCUGUAACGUGGCCUCAUUUUUCUCAAGAGCGUGGUGAGUUGAUAAAGAGGAAAAUUCAGAAAUUUCCCCCCAAAAAUGAAUAUUUUGAGAAAUUUUGGGUUAGCAUUGGCAUCAGGACUCCUUUGACGGGUGGCUAGCUCCCUGUGAUGAGAAAGCAAGAGAGAUGCGGGGAGACAGACAAACAAAAGAGCUGGCAGUCUGGGAAAGAGGGAUAUGCACAGACCAAAACUUUGAAGCCAACCAUACAAUGCACAAGGGAUGUUGACAAGGCAAAUGCCCAAGCCUAAUGAGAAGUAUUCAUAAAGAGAACAAUCCAGGUCAAGAAAGACCAGUGGGCUACAUAGAAGUGAUGUUAUAGUGCAGCCUUUCCAACCUUGGUUCCCCAGAUAUUGUUGCACUGCAACUCCCAUCAGCCCCAGCCAGCAUGGCCUGAUGGCCAGGGCUGGUGGGAAUUAUAGCCCAACAACAUCUGGGAAAACAAGGUUCUGACAGGCUGUUUUGGUAGAAUGUGGAAAAGCAGCAACAUGGCCUUUCUCCUCCAAUCUGUCCCCUUUUACUCUUCUGCAGUCAUGCAGACUUAGAGUGUCUCAAUUCAGGUCCUGGAUAUGCUUGACUUGAAAAGGAAGGAAGGAAGGAAGGAAGGAAGGAAGGAAGGAAGGAAGGACCCAUAUUAGAGGUGGGGAAAUCAUUUUAGUCACAGAGCAUGGUUGAGAACAUAAGAUUGUGCAUCUGAAAUUUCUGAAAUGUGCAAUCAAAUCUUCAUUUCUGUGAGACUCUUCCCCCGCCCCCUGAAAUUCGUUCCUGACCAAUAUGUUUGCAACCUGGAAACUGUCAAAAUGUCGUAAAAGGGAGGGCCUGUCCUGGUAAGAUAUGCACCACUAAGUAAAAUUGCUUCCUUGAAGCAGCAGGAGUCUGUUGGGAUAAGUAUUAAAUAAAGCAGAUGAGCCUUAGGACAUUUAUUCCCUCUGAUCAUAUAACGCCCAAAUCCUUUAGAGCUUUUCUCAUCCCCUAUGGAGACUGAAUUAGCUUCUUUACACAAGACAAAAAUAACAGACCCUUCAUCCCUAUUACAGAAGAACUCCCCCUCCCUUUCUCUCUGUCCCUAUGGAGCUUUGUCCAUUGUCACAGGAAAAGAAUUGUGAUUAUUACAGCUGCAGUGUUAGAUCAAUCAAUCAGUUAGAUUAAUCAAUUAGAAACAUUUGGAUUGACUGAAAAGGUGCCCAGGAAAAAUCAGCCCGCAGAUUAUUAUCAUUUUAAAAUCUUAAUGCAAGUACUAGUUAACACUGCAGAUGGCAGGCAUCAUCUUAGCAGAGGUAUUCCUUCCUGGGAGCGAGCAAAGGACAAAGCGAUCUUGCAUUUCAUCCCAUUAGAACUAUUAUUUUGUAUGCAGUUAUAUGUGGAUUGGAUCAAGUAAGAAAUAAACAAAAACUCGUGCAAAAAACCAGCCAAGAUUUAUUUAAUUGGUGGCAGCCCUAUAUUUUAAGAAAGUUUCUUCCCACAGCAGUGACUUCUAAGGAUAGUCAGGGAUUGUCAAAAUGGUGCACUCCAAAUGUUAUUGGACUCCCGCUCCCAUCAGCCAUUGGCUGUGAUCAAGGAUGAUGGAAGUUGUAGUCCAGUAGCAUGCAUGGGACACCUCAUUGUCUACCGGUGAUGUAAACAAAUAAAUAUCUUAAAUGUGCAUUCUUGAAAGUAAAUCCUAUUGAAAUAAGUUGAAUUUCCAUUUAAGUAAACAAGGUUAGGACCAAGGCUGUAAGAGCUGUUGGACUAUGUUUGUUCGGUUCUAUGACAAGAUAUGAAGGUGCAGAAUUAGUAAGCUUGGUUUUUCUGGGUCUCUGCACCAUCCCGUCUGAGAAGAUGUAGCUGGUCUUUUCCUUUAAUUUGUUUUUUAACGGCUGAACAGGGAUAUUCCUGCCUGUCAGCCUGGCUUCUGACAAUAUCCCUUGCUGCUUAUCUUUCACUCAUCCUCUUCACUCCAUCCCAAUACUGGCAGCUGUGUCCAUGUCACACCACCUCUGGUGAGGCAGGCGGGGAGAUUAGCUGUGCCUGAAGCUAGUGCCAGGACUAUAUCCUGGAUUAGCCUGGCAACCGCUCCAUGCUACUAAGUCACUUUGGGCUCAUCCAGACUUCCUUUUGCACCACUUUCCAAGCACACAUUUGUGCUUUAAAGCUCCACCUCUCUCUCUCUGUGUGUGUGUGUUUUCCCUCUAAGCAUUUCCCCUGGAAAAACCCUCAUUUUACCGCUGAAUGGGAGCAAACAGCCAUCCACAGAAACCCAUUUCUUGUUUGUGCCGGGUUUUCACAGGGAAAGGUCUGGGACAAAAAAACCCCACCAUACUCGGACACAGAGCUUUAAAGCCCAGAUCUGUGUCUAGAAAUGUGCUGCAAAAGGAAAUAUAGAUGAGCCCUUACUGAGUGUCACAGUUGUAGCAUAUUUGGGGAAGGUUUGUGAAGAACUAGUCUUACCGCAGAAUGCAGGGAAGGGGAGCAACUCAUAAGCACGAAAGUCCCCAUUAUUUCAACUGUUAAAAUGUUCAGAUGGGCAUGUGGUAUAGGCCUCCACAUGGCUGUACUAUGACACCUCUGACUGCACACUUGGGCAAAACACCUGCAGGGAUUUCUUUUUGAAGGGCAGUGGUAGGAAUUUCACACACCUUUGAUGGGUGGUGAAUAUUUCAUCUGAACCCAUCCUCCUGUGGGGAGAGCAAUGUAUUUACCAACAGAUAGUGAACACUUGCUUGUCUAGUCACUUUUUAAAAUAUGUAUAUAUAUAUCCUUUCUAUUCUUGAGGGGGAGAAAUAAGCAUCAAACAGCAAGGUUAUAAAACAAAAACAGAGCAUCAUUAAACACACACAUACAAACAAUAACAAAAUAUAAUAGUAGCCAAAAAUACAAAGCAAAGCAAUAUCAAAUCAGUGAAAAGCAACCAAAAAAAGUGAGGGUUGUGGGGGUUAAUUAAAGGGUUGCAGCCAAUAUGAGUCCUACUCAGAGCAGACCCAUUGAAGUUAAUGGAGAUGACGAAUGUAGGACAAUUAAUUUUAAUGGGUCUAUUCCAAGUACAUGUUAGUUGGAUAUAACUUGCAGCCCAGUGAGAGAGUACUUGGGGGUUUGCAAUGUGUGGGCAAACUGAGUGGAGAUUCUUACAUUUUAAAAUAUAAGAUACCUCCAUGACCUGCAUGCAAAAGAUGUUAAAAUGUCACCUGUCUCUUGAGGAUCAAACCAGCCUUCAGAUCCAGACAUCAUCUGGCACUAAAAUGGUAUCAUUUGGUAUCAAUGGUAUCAAAAAUGCCGAAUUCUUAGAAGGAAUACCUUCAAUAUCAAACUUACUGCCUUUUUUUUGGACAGAUUUUCUAGUGUUCCAUACAAAGACAGUAUUCAUAGGGAAAUGUGUGGAUUACGACACAACCAAACCAUUUGUCAUAUAUAUUUAUAUGUGUGUGUGUGUGUAUGAGAGACACACUGUUCUGGCUGUCAAGCAAGACUUGGGACGAAAAUGACUGAAAAUAUUCUUUCCUUCUACCUCAGUUGAGGGAAGGAAAGUGUUAAGACCUGCCACAGUCCUAAUCACUGUAUAAAGAGGGGACAUCUGGAAUGGGAUGCUUCAAAAUCCAAACAGAUGCUCAAACCUAGCCCACCAGAUAGGGCCAACAGCCGAGGCAAUUAGGAAAAAAAUGUCAUUAAUUCCAUCAAAGGUAAUUCCUUCAUAUUAAGUUGAAUUACACUAGCCACGAAUUUGGCCUACAGUUUUAGAAGUGCAGAAAGUUUCUAUCUUUUGAGUACAUGUUUGCUCCUUGCCAUCAGAAAAUCAUGCUAAUUUGAAGGCCAGGAAGGUCAUUUGAUGCCAGACCUAUUCUUGUGUCACUGCCAACUGAGCUCACCCCCCUCCCCCCCAGACUGGGGGCUUUCUAUUCAAUUCCAGCUUGUUGCUGAAAUAGAAUUGUAGUCACUAUUCCUGUAAAAGUGAGCAAUGAUGGGACCAAGCAUAUCUCUCUUGGGAGCUAUUCCAGUUGUUGAAUGCCAAAUAUACCCUCUUUGAGUCCCUACAUACUGUAUAUACAAUGUAAGUCACAGGGGUGACAACUUGAAUAAAAUAUUGGGGAGGGGGACUGUGGCGUUUGUCCUCCUAUGUGUGUGACAUCAUACUGGGUUCAUAGGGAAAGGGUUAACUAAUUGUAAAAUGACUAACCAGUGGGAACCCAGGGGGCAGAGUUAACUGUGUAUAAGGUUUAAGCACAGAGGUUUUUUGAGUUAGAGUUGUUGAGAAGACAGUCUGGAGUUAGAAGAGAAAGACAAGAUAAGUCUGUGGGUUGGGCUAGACUGGUGUGAGAGAGUGCUUGUUAAGAGGAGUCAGUCAAACAGUUGAGAUAAUCAGUCAGAAGGUAUUAGGAACGUAUAGGCCGGUAAAGAAACAAAAGUUAAGAUACUGACAAGAAUAUUAUCUGAGAAACCAUAAACUUGUUAAUGUUUGUAAAAUAAACUUGUUUUUUUGGUUCACUUUUAACAACUGACUGGACUCAGUGUUUUACCAGAGAGUAACUGGCUGGUGGCAGCGGGGAAGCGAGCACAGUGGUGGCACAGGGAUCAAUAGACCGUUAAACGUCCGGGGACCCUGUGUGAUCGCCACAGGGACAAGUAAGCCCUGCCCUACAUAAAUGAUCACAUGACGCAUUGCAUGGGGACCAUAUGAAUGGCAAUGCCCCUCAACUUUGGGGGUGCGGCCCCUCAAAUAUUUUAUUUGGAGGGGGGCAAAGACCCCUCAGCCCCUAGGAGUUGGCUCCUAUGAUAAGUCCCCAAAAAAGAGCCUAAGAAGAGAAAUGGAGUUGUUGGGUAGGCUCAAGCAGGGCAGGGGCAUGAGAGACAAUUUUUUAAAAUAUUCCGGUCCUAAGCUUUAAUAUUUAAAGAUCAAAACCAGCACCUUGAAUUGAGCCGGGGAGCAGAAUGGGAAAGGCAAACAGGCCCAUCUGAUUUGUGCUAGGUGAACAAGCUACUGGUAGUAUAAUAAUCAGCAAUGGGAACCAUUUCCAUGAAGUGUGGGGCUUGUCAUGUCAAAGGACAUUUGGAAUAUUAACACUGAUUCAUGUUUCUCCUCAACUGGCAGAUACGGUGGGAGACUAGAGGUGAAAUGAAUCAUGUCAUGAUCUCAGGGCUAUAAUGGCUGAGGGUGGGGAGGCUUUUUGGACAACCUCACUCAGAGCUGUAUCAUCCAGCGCUGCCAUUCUACUUAGGCAACAUAAUUCUGUGCAACAGAUUUUCCCCAUCCUCUCCUUUCCCUUGCACCCCUGCAAAAUCUGUUCUAGAGGAUCAAGGGACCCCAUGGAGAAAAUUUUAGGGGUAUGCAGGGAGAGGGGAUGAAGGGGUACGUCCUGUUUUGUGAGUGGAAUGCCACUCACACAGGGUUGGAUACAGCCCUUAGUAAUUUGCAAUAUUCAUUAGUAUAGGAAAUGUACACAUAGGAGAUGUUGCCUUAAAUAUCACUGGGUCUUGGGGGCGAGCUGCUGACAGCUACCAUGUGGCAGCAACAACUUGUAGGGCCUUUACAGAGGAGACGGAAGAGACUAAAGAUUCCAUUGAAUGCAUGUUACAUAAAGAACUGGGAAUGUAAUCCUGGAGAAUUUAAGGUUAACACACUUUGCAUUGCUUUCGUCUGACUGUUCAAUUAGAUUUUUAUCGCUGCAGCUGCUAAAACAAAGAGCUUUCUCCUCAAACUGAUGAAGUGAAUUUGAGUGCUCUCCCUUUCUCCACCUACGAUACACAUUUGGAUUUAAACCCUUUCCCUUCAGAGAGUUUCAGCGAACUUUGACCAAUUGCAAUAAUUCACAAUUGCAAUAAUUCACUUAAUUUAUCAUUCACAGGUUGUUACAUCAUGACCUUGCAAUUUGGAAUCCAUAAUUCAUUAAUUCAUUAAUUGCAAUCAUGACUGUAAUGUAUUAUUUUGGUAUUUAAACAUGGAGUCAUAUAAUAGCAUGCAGAGUAGUUCUGAAAACCUGCAUGAUGUUGGAUACAGUUGUCAUUGAUCAUCUGUGGAGCACUUUAACUGUGGAAAAGCACCGUACAACACAAAGCUCAUCCAGUCUUCUACCCAUAGACACACAAAUGCCAUCUUUUAUUUGUUUUAGGGAUGCUUGAGGAUUUCAUUUCAUCUGUAUUUUAAAGGGACGUGACCUGGUUUGCACUUCCCAGACUAAUACCCAGAGCAGAAUGCAGUUAUCAGAUGGCUUUCACACUCCAGUGACUUUUGCUAAACACUUCUUGGCUCAAAUAAUGUACCAAAUGCACAUAAAAAAUGUAUGCUUUAGGUUAAAAUCCACAUAAAAUGUGUAUUUUAGGAUAAGAUGAAUACAGCAAUGUAUAUUUUAGGAUAAAAUGCGUGCAAAAUAAUGUACAUUUUGUACAUUCCUUGAAAAUCACAGAUUGACACUGAAAUGGCAUGGAACAGAUUUAUGAAUGAACAGAUGUGAAACUGACACAGAUGGAAAAUAGACUGAUUCAUAGCCCUCUCUUACAUGAUGUUUUUCCCCGUCCACCAGGCAAGUAGCAUCUUUGAUGUGGGGCGAUUUUAAAGAGGAAAAUAGCAUGGAGAAAGGGGGUUAACCCCCUCCCUCAGUGCUGUGAUCCUGAUUUUAUUUGCACUCCCCCCACCCCCCAAAAUAUCUGUGGUUGCUCAUACAUUUUUUUAAAAAGUUGCACCCACACAUACACAAGAUCUUGGGGAGCAAUUCACCGUUGUUUCCUGUGUCUCAGUGAGCAGCUGAGCAAAAUAAGAAUAAUAAUAAAAAUUAGAGAUUUGCUGAAAGCCUUCAAGUGAGGUUAUUCUGGAUUGCACUUGGACUGUUGCAAAUAUUUCCAGUUUCCACUUGUCAGGCUGAAAACAGUGACUGGGGUCCAAUGUAGACAUAUUCAUUCAGUUUUGCAAAGCCUCUUUAAUUUAUCUUAGCUACCACAAUUUUCACCACUUGGUUCUACUUCCUUUUUCCUGGAUUUGCAUCAUGAGUGACCACGGUCAAUCAGGGUUCCCAUAGCAUCCUAGAUGGCACCACAAGGCUGAGUAGCCACCUGGAUUUGGCAACAUGAUGACAUCACUAAGAGCAAAUUAGGUCAGUCGAGACAGUUGAGACUGAAGGCAGUGCUUGCUUAAUUAGGCAUGCAGGAGGCCCUAGCCUAGACAAUCAGGGACCAGGCAGUGAACAGGACAUCACUAAGCUACAUAGACAAUCAGAUUUAGCUGCAGCAUGGUACCACUUAGGGCAAAUUAAUUUAAUUAAAGAAAGUGAAUGAGAAGGUGCAGCAGAUGGUAAAAGAAACAAGAAAUGGAUGAACAUUCUUGCAAGCAAUAUUGAAAAAAAUCGGGAAUAAUACAUUGAAGAGAAUUUCCCUCCAAGCAAUAAAUACUCCAGUACUACUUCCAUGCAGCAAGGGGGUAUGUCUGAAUAAUACAACCAUGUGAGAUGAAACAAUUGUGCGGGACUUUGGCAAUCAAGUGGCACCUUUCAGACGGGGUGCAACUAGCUGGGCAUGACACAUGAGCUUGCCUUCACUCAUGUUGUGUCGCUUUUUAUCCUCAUGCUUGCCCCUAAAGCCUGGGCUUGUAACCAUGCUGCUGCAGCUAAGAAGUUGUCUUCUUCUACCUCCAACACCAGACUUUGGGUUUUGUCAUAGGGUUCUGCAGACAAAGCCCCAUUCCCCUGCUGAGUAGGACCGGACCUCUCAGAUCAGAUCUACAGUAUUUCUGGACCUCUGCCUGCAAAAAGAAAAGAAAAAGAGCACAGUCCACCUUGGAUCUCACUAUGCAAAGCGUACUUAUUGAAAUCAGCUGAAUUAAAGCUUCUCUUUCAAUAUUUCUUUUCCACGUGGGUUACUACUGACAGAAACUGCGUGGAGUGAAGAUGCACUCCCUGCCUAACUCUGUUAAUGGAUUAUAAUUCUGCGCUGCAAAGCCACCUGCUGUUCUCUUGCACUCUUUUUCACCCCACCUCUGCUGAUCUGCCUGCUUUAGCCAUGCGCUACAUGUUUUCAUGCUGACAGACAGAGAGGGGGAGAUAUUAUUUUUUAAAGACUAUGGGAUACCUGUAUUCAAAAGUUGUAGUCUCAAGUUGAAGGAAAGCACACGCAACCAGAAGUACCAUAACUGCCCUACUAUAUACAUAUAUAGCAUUUCUAUCCCAUCUUUUUCUUCAAGGAACACAAAGUAGAAUGCAUGGUUCUCCUUGUCCUCAUUUAAUUCCCACAAGAACAUUGUGUAGGCUAAGAGGCAAUGCCCAAGUUCACCCAGCUUCAUGACUGAGUGGGGAUUUGAACCCUGGUCUCCUGAGUCCGAGCUGGACACUCUAACCACUGCACCACACUGUCUCUCUUGUAUAUAGUUUUGCCUAAUAUACUUAUUUUUGCAAGCAACUUCCCUAAUAUGAUGCAUCUUUAUAUGUGUCCCCCCCCCAAUAUAAGCAUUUCUAUGCACACUCCAGACUAGUAUAUAUAUACUUGUACAUAUUACUUGGAGAACUGCCCUGCAAAAUUCAGAGAAGUGCAGCUUCCAUAGAAUGACUGCAGAUUGGUUUAGGUAUUGUUUCAGGAAAUGCAAAUUAUGUAGUUUCACCUUUCAGUGUGAAAUGUAUUGAAUUUCUCCUCCAUGCUUACCAGGGAACAAAUAAAUUUGUUUCGGGGCCUGGUUCCAUGCAGUGUGCUCCCAUCUGGUGAUCCUCAGCACAGGUCAGGUGAGGCAGAAUUUACAUGACUGGUUGGCUUGCGUGAAACAUAGAGGUGCUUUUAAAAUGGAAUUGUCCCUUACGGGACAAACUGGGUACAUCUUGAAGUAAGUAAAUGAAUAAACCCAUCUUGGACCUAAUCUAAUUAAGUAUCUUGUGUUGUUGUUUGUGUGGCUCAUUCAUUUCUCUCUCCUCUUUCCCUCUCUUGUAACCAGCUGUGACCUAGAGGUUGCUUGUUGUAUUAUAAAAAGGGUUUUUUUCUGUCUGUGUUGUACAAGCAGGAAUAAGGGAGGCAGGAAUGAGCACAUUGUCUCCCUGCUAAUUAAAAAAGAUGCCUGGAGGUUAGCCUCUCUCGCACUCGGGAAACCGAAAAACAGAAUGAUGAACCCCAUUUCAAAGUGGAAUAAUAAUAAAAAGUGUGUUUUGAAUUUCAAAGGAACUCAUAAUUAUUGGAAGGACCAGUGCUUAUGACACACCUGAUGCAUACGAAGCCCUGGCGUCACAGAUGGAGAAAGUUUCCAAUGGUAAGAAGGUCUUUACAAGCAGGUUAGAGGGAUGGUGAUAAAACAACAGCAUGGAGGUAAAUCAAAGCAAAUCCUCUAUUUUAUUUUAUUUUUUAUUUCUUUCCUAUUGAACCAUCUUUAUGCCUCAGUACCUCAACAUUUUCUGGACCACCUCUCCUGAUAUGAACCUCUUCUACCCUUAGAUCAUCACCUGAGGUCUUUCUUUAGGAAGAUGAUGGCAAGGGAGGGCAUUUUUAGUUGUGAAAUCCCCAUCUGUCGAAUGUUCUCCCCAGUGAGACCUACCUGGUGCCUUCAGUGAUGUAUUUUUUGGUGCCAGGUAAAACCUUACCUCCCCUCCAGGUUUUUGUUGGACUAUGAUGGUAAUGUUUGCAUAAGCUUUCUGGCGCUGUUAUUGGGGGUUACUUGUGUGUUUUUUAUGAACUGAAUAUGUUUCUGUGUAAAUAUUUUUUCUGUAAAUGUGUUUUUUAUUAUAAUGUAUUUUUUUACUUAUGUUCUUAAAUAUGUUGCAAGUCGCUCGGAGACCUUUUUGUGUAGCGAGUGACUAACAGCUUCAAAUAGUGAUGAUGAUUGACAUCUUCAAAUAUCUCAAAGGCUGUCACCUAGGCAAUGGAACAGUAGCUAAUGGGCUCAAAUUACAAGAAAGGGAAUAUCAGCUAAAUAUUAAGUAGGUCCUGAGGGUACAAAUUGUUGGACGGUGAGACAGACUGCCUCAGAAGGGGGGUGUCCCUCAGUGGCCUUUCCUUCAUUAGAGGUGUGCAAGCCGAUCUUGAUGAUGAACCUCAAGCAUGCUGAUGCAGCAGAUGGACCCGAUGGUGUUUGAGGUCUGUCUGUCUAUCCACUUAUCUAUGAUCAACAUGAAGGGUUGACAUUGUUGGGGGGAAAUUGGGACACCUGCUGGAGCAUCUGUGCCUUGUUGAUCUCACAUCCACCUUGCCACACCUCCUCUCCAGCCCAGGAUGAAGCAGUGACUCAGCAAGAGGGAGUUCAGGGAAGCAGUGUAGUCCCACCACACUGUCCAUUGUUCAUACCUACGAAGAUUCUGAUCUCUCUCUCCCAUCCCACCGCCUGAGCCUCCUGACACUUCUGCUCCACUUGAAUGCUGUCUUGAACAGGAGAUACUCAGUUUGUCUUUAUUUAUCUUUGCUGCAGAAUAAAGUGGAUGGAAUGGGGAGGAACUAUCAUGUUGUGUUCAAUCAACCGGGUCUGGUACUCUGUCUCGUACAGUGGUCAGCUUGCAAGCAGAACAGUGGUGACAAGAGAUGUCCACCAUUGCCUCUUUCUUGUGCCCUGGAGACAGACAAGUCAACAUCUGUUGACCAAGAGGGCAGGGCCAAAAGUGACACCUUCAAAUUACAUGACAGGGGAUUUCAGGUAAAUAUUAGGGAGGACUUUCCGACUGAGUUCUUUGACAGUGGAACAGACUGUCUUGAAGGUGGUGGACCAUGCUUCAUUACAGACUUUCAUAAUAAAAAAUUAAAAAAUAGUCCAGUAGCGCCUUAGAGACCAACUAAGUUUGUUCUAGGUAUAAGCUUUCGUGUGCAUACCUAGAAUGAACUUAGUUGGUCUCUAAGGUGCUACUGGACUAUUUAUUAUUUUUUUAUUUCGACUGCAUCAGACCAACACUGCUACCUACCUGAAUCUAGACUUUCAUAAGUAGAGGUUGGAUGGUCACCUCGCAGAGUUGAAUUCCCCACAUUGGCAGGGUGGGGCUUGGACUGAAUGAAUGAAUUUAUUAUUUUGGUCACAGACCAGUUCCAGGGGCUUGGACUAGAUAGCUUUUGAGGUCAUUUCCAGCAUUAUUCUAUAUUCCAUGAGUAGAGGACUUUGAUCACUGCAGAUGGUGACAGCAGUCACGAAAUUAAAAGACGCCUGCUUCUUGGGAGAAAAGCAAUGACAAACCUAGACAGCAUCUUAAAAAGCAGAGACAUCACCUUGCUGACAAAGGUCCAUAUAGUUAAAGCUAUGGUUUCCCCAGUAGUGAUGUAUGGAAGUGAGAGCUGGACCAUAAAGAAGGCUGAUCGCCGAAGAAUUGAUGCUUUUGAAUUAAGGUGCUGGAGGAGACUCUUGAGAGUCCCAUGGACUGCAAGAAGAUCAAACCUAUCCAUUCUGAAGGAAAUCAGCCCUGAGCGCUCACUGGAAGGACAGAUCCUGAAGGCCACCUCAUGAGAAGAGAAGACUCCCUGGAAAAGACCCUGAUGUUGGGAAAGAUGGAGGGCACAAGGAGAAGGGGAGGACAGAGGACGAAAUGGUUGGACAGUGUUCUCGAAGCUACCAGCAUGAGUUUGACUAAACUGCGGGAGGCGGUGGAAGCCAGGAGUGCCCGGCGUGCUCUGGUCCAUGGGGUCAUGAAGAGUCGGACACGACUAAACAACUAAACAACAACAAGAGGACUUUGUUCAGCCCAAAGGCCAUAUUCACUUCUGCGCAACCUUCCAAGUGUCACAUGUCACAGCAGUUGAGGUAAAAGGCAAAAAUGAAUGUGACAAAUAAUUUGACUGCACAGUAGGCUAGUUUUUUCACACACUCCCUUCACUGUAUCCAGAGAAGUAAGAGGCAUUAACAUAGUUCAAGGGCAUAUUUCAGCCAGACAAAAACUUUUGGGGUGCAAAGUAAGACAAGUGGAUGCUGUGGAGAGGAUGUGCAGCCUGGGAAGAGGCCAGAUAGAAAGUUCUGGGGUGCUGCAUUUUACCGCUGGGACUGACAUUCUGCCCACCCCCAUAUUCUAAUCAGAAUGUACAUAUAGCUGUUCUUUAAAAACAUAUACAAAGAUAGAUAAAACAAUUGUUGGGGGGUGGAGAAGACAGGAGAGGAGCAGGAGGCCAAGAGCAGCAGUGAAGUAGAAUAUAAAAGCUUUUGCUCCCCCUUGGCCAGAUAAUUGAGGAGGUGUCAGCUUGCAUCAUAGUGAAGUAGAAGCACUGACUCAUUGCCUCCCCCAGAAAGGAGGGAGGUUGAAGACCUCCUCCUCCUCUCCCAAUACCAAUAAUACAACAAAAGAAUCGGAAACCUCUGCAGGCAUUUAUGUGGCUUGAUUAAACAGACACCACAGCCUCUCUGCUGUGCCCUGAAACCUCCUUCCUUCCAUCCCUUCCUUCAAUUUUCUCUUCCUCGCCAAUCCUUUUGAAGAUGCAUCAGGUCUGGAGUUCAGAUUAAUCCAACUGCUAGAUGUAUUAUUCAUUUCUAUGCUUUAAUGAUGUGAUAAGGUUUCUGGAAAUAGGAAAAGGCUCAUUAAACUGUCAUUUGAAUAUAGAUCACAACUAAAUUUGGAGGGAGAGAUGGAGCUUGCCAGCCAAACGCUCUCUCCAUCCCACAUCCCUGCUUUGCACACAUGCCGUGCGGGCAUUUCCAGAGGAGAGAGCACAGAGAUUAGCACUUAUACACUAUUGAUUCUUCAAUUAAUUAGUAGAAGGGGUUCAAGGAAAGGAGGGAAUCUGUAAAGGGGGCAAUGCCUACAGACAGUGAGAUCAGUAGAGGCAGGUCUGUCAAUUUGCUAUCUCAAAAAGGGAAAAAGUAAGAGAACCAUACUUCUCUGGUUGGUUGUCUAGUAAUAUCACAAAAAGCUAUCUCUCACAGUUCCUCCUGGUUGGAUGUUCUUCUCCAUUUUCUAAUACAAGAAGCCAAUGAAAACUAUUUCUACGCUCUCUCUCUGCUCCUCUACCUGCUUCUUUCCCCCUUUUCCUUACUUGAGUCCUCUCCAGCUGGUAUUGAAGAUUGGAGAUGUUUCAAUAUUUUUGAAACUUAAUGAGUGUUUUGCCUCCUCUUCUUCUUCUGAAAAAUAAACCCUUUGGAACCAAUGGGAUGCAACAUAUGGCUGCCUCUGAAGCUUCAGGUAUGGGUUUUUGACUGGCACCCAUUAAUCUCAAACUUUUUUUGGAGCUUCCAGAGCUACAUCACCUUGUGCUUAUCCACUCAUACCUUUGAUGAUGCUUCUUGUGGUCUCCUUCCUCCAUUCUACCACAGAGUUGAAAGGAACCUUGGUAUUCAUCUCCUCCAGAUUCCUGCCAAUGUGGAAAACCCAUUCCCCUGGCAUCCCUGAUAGGCAGUGAUCCACUCACUCUUUGCUUAAAAGCAAAGAAAUGUUGACGGCUCUGUUCCACUGUCAAGCAACCAUCAGGAAAGCAAAUCAAAUCUUUAUUGUUAUGGUUAGGAAAUUCUUCCUGAUGUUUAAGUUGAAAUCCCCUUUCUUAGCAUUUUAUCCAAUGUUAGCCCUACUCAGAAUAGACCCAUUGAAAUUAAUGGACAUGACCAAGUUAGGGUCUUUAAUUUCAGUGGGUCAACUCUGAGUCAGACUUGGUGGGAUACAAUGUGAACCUACUGUAUUACCAGUGCUUUUUUCGGGGGGAGGGGCAGGGGUAAGCAUAACCCCAAACAUUUUGUGAAUCUAAAUUUGGCCUCAUUAAAGGGCAGUAUUUCAAUAUGAGUAGGAAAAUGAAAGUACCCCUAAACAUUUUUUAGAAAAAAAGAGCAAUGCCUAUUAGUAUAGGUCCUACCUUUGGAACAGCAGAAAACCAAUAUGCUCCAUGAUUGUAGAUGUGGCAGCCCUUCAAAGUUUUGAAGAAGGCUGUCAUUACCCAUCUUAAUCAUUUCUUUUCCAGCUCAACAGAUCCAACUCCUUCAGUUUUUCUUCAAAGAACUCACUAUCUUUGCUGUCUUCUGUUGGGCACAUCCCAGUGUGUCAAUAUCCUUCUUAAAGCUCAUUUCUGCUUCUUCCUCUCUCCAAUGCUUGGAAUCUCCAGCUGAUACUGGUGAUUUGACUAGAUACAUUUCAGUACUUCAGGUCUAGGUUUUCACAUGGCAGUCAUUCAUUUCAUAACCAUUAAGAAUUUCCAGAGCUACACCACUGGAGUACACAAUUAGAUUCAUUACGGGAGUCCACUUAAUGUGACCUGAUUGCAGCUCUGGUUUCCAGAGUCAAUUCAAAGUGCUGAUUUUGACCUAUAAAGCUUCAUGCAUUCCAAUAAUUCAAGGACUACCUCUCUCCAUUUAAACCAGCCUGGACCCUGUGUUCAGCAUCUGAGGCCCUUUCUCUGUGUGCCCCUUCCAUAGAAGGUGUGCCUCACUUGAGGGAGGUACAGAGGGUGGCCGUAUAAGGAUGGGCCUUUUCAGUGAUACACACACAGCCUACACCAAUUUGUGGAAUGCUCUCCAAGGAAAACAUGCCUGUUGCUAUCAUUGUCUAUUUGGGGGUAUCAGGCUAAGUCAUUUUUAUUUAUUUUUUACCCAGGCCUGUGAUAGUUAAAUUAGCCUCUACUUUGGUGCUCAUCUUUUAGUGGGUCUGGGUAGGACUUACUCUUCUUAUUGUGUUGAACCAGGAACAUUUUAGGAAUUUUGUGUUGCACAUAAAUUACUGGCUCAAAUUUUCUGGCUCUUAAUUGAUUUUACCAGCAUGUAUUUUAUCUUGUUAAGUCGUUUUGAGAUUUCUGUAUAUAUACAGGAACGAACAAAUAUUAUGAUUAAUCAUCAUAAUCUCUGAACAAUGUCUCAUGUGGUCUCCUUCCAAUAUUGCUAUACCAUGGCAUACACAUGGCACCGCCAUGGUCAGAGGCAUUAUGUCAUUGAUUGCCAGCUGCUGGGAAUCACAGGUGGGGUGACUGCUGUUGCUCUCAUGUCCAGAUUGCAGGCUUCCCAUCGUCAUCUGGUCAGCCAAUAAGAACAGAAUGCUGGACUAGAUGAGCCACUGGGCUAAUUCAGCAGCAUUUCCUUUUGUUCUUAUGUAGGAAAGUCAUAUCCACCAACAUCUCACAGACAAAAAUAGGGAUGCAGUGCCACUGUUCUCACAUCAAGAAUCACUUGGCAAUCCCUGAGUUAUCAACUUCUGCAUACCAUUGAAGGCUUUUUCUUUACUUCAUUGCGAUAUGCUGAAUUCAUUUGCAUUCAUGUUUAAAUCCACUGAUUUAAACGCCGAAAGGAUGUUUUGUUCUUUUGGUUAAAGAUACACUUUGGGGGUGGGGGAACCAUAAUUGUCUUACAAUCUGUUUCCAAGUAUUCAAAACAUACCUUAGCAGCUGCAGUGUCUGAAAUGGCAAGCUGUGCACUGCAUGGUGCCGGAGGGCUCACAUGCACUUGCAUUUAUGCUUGUGCAUUAGAGGUAAGAUCCAUCCAUCCACCCACUAAAAGAUUUCACAUCCAGCGGCCCUGCAGAAGGAGCUGAGUCCUGAAAAAUGGGAACAGAGACUGGCAAUAUUUCAUCACAGCACCCAGAAAAGUUAUAAAUAGGAACAUUUACCAGGUCCAGGGAUCUUAAUCUCAGGGUUGAGGGUUCAAGCUUUGGGCAAAAGAUUCCUGCAUUGAAUUAGAUGACCCUUGUGGUCCCUUCCAAUUCUACAAUUCUAUGAUUAGGAAAUUCCUGCCUCUGGUCCAGAUGGCAGUGAAUGCACACAAAAUUGACACACCAUUCUCUCUAUCUUCAGUGUUUGGCACUGACUGUCACUGCUUACAUAAUCAAAUUGGCACUGCCCAUGCACCAAAGGGAGGUAUACGCAAGUUCAAGGGAACCCUAAUGGUUUUCAGAAGUACACAUUUUGAUGGAGGUCCCACUUGCCUCUCCAAAUUCCCAGGUAUCUAUUCCUCUUUCAUUCUGAAAUCAUCUGCAGAAGGGUGGGUGCUCUAGACUUAGCAGUUAUCAACAUGCAAGGCUUAUUAUGAGGAGCAGUGGUUCUGAGGAAGGAACAUAGGAAGCUGCCUUAUACCGAGUCAGGCCACUGACCCAUCUAGUGCACUACUGUCUAUGAUUGACUGGCAGUGGAUCGCUGGGGUUUCAGGCAAGGAGUCUUUCCCAGGCCUGCCUGGAGAUUGAACCUAGGACCACUUACAAACAAAGGAGAUGCUCUACUACUGAGCUAUGGUCCUUCAAAUGAGCUAUGGUUUCCCAGAGGUUGUGUCUAUACAGUUUCUGAGGGAUCCUGAGAUUGAUUUAACAUAGUCUUGGGGCGAGGCAUGUUCAAAUGUGUAAUUCCUCGGAUAAAGGUUUGAAGCUGAAAGCACUCCACUUCUCACUCCCCCAGCUCUUGCCUGCUUUUGCAUGGUGUGGUCCCUGAAAAUUAUCUUUCUGCAGCAGAGACGUCAAAGAUAAUAAUAAUAAUAAUAAUAAUAAUAAUAAUAAUAAUUUAUUAUUUAUACCCCGCCCAUCUGGCUGGGCUUCCCCAGCCACUCUGGGCGGCUUCCAAAAAAAUAUUAAAAUACUGUAGUACAUCAAACAUUAAAAACUUCCCUAAACAGGGCUGCCUUCAGGUGUCUUCUAAAAGUCUGGUAGUUGUUGUUCUCUUUGACAUCUGGUGGGAGGCCAUUCCACAGGAAGGGCACCACUACCGAGAAGGCCCUCUGCCUGGUUCCCUGUAACUUGGCUUCUUGCAGUGAGGGAACCACCAGAAGGCCCUCGGUGCUGGACCUCAGUGUCCGGGUAGAACGAUGGGGAUGGAGACACUCCUUCAGGUAUACUGGACCGAGGCCAUUUAGGGCUUUAAAGUUCAGCACCAACACUUUGUAUUGUGCUCGGAAACGUACUGGGAGCCAAUGUAGGUCUUUCAAGACCGGUGUUAUAUGGUCUCGGCGGCCACUCCCAGUCACCAGUCUAGCUGCCGCAUUCUGGAUUAGUUGUAGUUUCCGGGUCACCUUCAAAGGUAGCCCACGUACAGCGCAUUGCAGUAGUCCAAGCGGGAGAUAACCAGAGCAUGCCCCACUCUGGCGAGGCAGUCUGCAGGCAGAUAGGGUCUCAGCCUAUAGUCACAGCCUCUGGGUGAGUAGCUAACAACUCUAGUUCUAAGGUGCAGGAAUCUUCCCAACUCCACCUACCCACAAGGACCUUAGCUCUAAGAAGAGGUGGGCACAUUCUUUGCCAUCAUAGACUUCUGUUCUAGCAGGCGAUCUAAUUGUGCUGAGAUCCUACCUACUCUUUGGUGUACUUGGCAUAAUGCAUAACCUAGUCCUAGAAGCUCCAGAAGACUUUGCAGGGCAGUCCUGUAAGAAAGAAGUGUGUUGGGUAAAGUCACACACUAUGGACAAAAAAGGGAGAGUUCAAUAGAAGAUAUGAAGAAAUCUACCACUUCCAUCUAGUGGGUCUGCUUACCUGUGUUACAUAAGACUGUAUAAGAAGCCUCAUUAGAUAAGUAAAAAUCCCACAGAGUACACUGUAGUGACUAUGAACAACCUCCAGGUUCAUUGCAGCGUAAACGGUAGAAAUGUUUUGUCUUCCACCAGAGGGUGCUACAAUGUCUUGUCAUCUAGCCAGGAAUAACAGCAGCAUCAAUCACAGGUUGGCUGAACUGGGGGUGGGGUGGUGGGGAGGCAGUUUCAUUUUUAUGACCUUCCACAGGGCUUAAUCUCUGGAUAUUUAUUAUGAACAUACAACAUGCACAGUGGUGAUGGAUGAGCCAUAUGACACCCUCUUUCCUUUCCUUUGUUAAUGAAUCAGCUGGGGUAAAAUUAUGAUGUUAAAUCAGCAGAAACACAAAUGGUUCGUUUCUGAGUCCUUUUAUGGGCUCCAUUGCACUCCUGAUGAUGGCACUGGAAGGACAACAGAGUCGGGGUGCAUUGAGGUCUCGCCACCCUCCUCACAAGACCCCCACAACACUUUCUCCUUUCUCUAAAAGUUAUCUGACAUCAUUGGCAGCAGGGCCUCCACUGUAAGGAACCAUGGGAAAUGUAGUUCCUAUGUAUUCUGAUGUGGCUAUGGAACCUUACCGUUGCUGUUGUACUGCUGAGCUCCGGGUGUUUGGGAGCCCUUUGACAUAGGACAUCAGCAGGACCUUUCUCCACUUACUUUCCACCUCAAACCACACUCCUCUUCCCUGGCCUGGUAGGGUGGAAAGCAAAGAGGCCAGCAGCAAGCAGAGCCAAUGACAGGCAGCACCAACUCAUUUUCUCCCUCUUUCUCCUGCCUGUGGAGCAUGGGAUUAGCCAGGAUUGGGGGGCAUUAUGUUAGGGGGACAGAACUGAGUUAUCUGCUGUGCAAUUAGUCAGUUGAGUAUUUCUAUUUAUUUACUUGAUUUAUGGAGGGGGCAGCUGAUCCUCCUGGCUAUGCCCCACUCCCAGCUAUGCCCAUGCUGUGGAGUCCUACAAGGGCAAAACUAAGACAAAGAGGGAGGAAGCUGACAGCCAGGGACAUCUCCUGGAUCAAAUGUGAGUUAGAAAGCAGGGAAGUGAGGGCUGUCUGAGGGCAGACUGAAGUUAGUAGGGCAGUGCCCCAUUUGUCCUACUAGGCAAGCCUCCAAUUCCCAAAGAUCUGUGUCUAGAAUUGGCUGAGUUCUCUGGCAACAUUUCCUUCCUCUUUCACCAUGGCAGCGCUCAGUUCUAGUGGGAUUGCUGCGCAAAAAUGCUAGUGACGGGGAAGAAAACCUCAAGCAUCCUUCCCAUUGCUCCUAAUACGGUAGACACCUGCACAGCCACAAAAGAGAAAAACCAACAUCAACACAGUGGGUGGGGGAAGAGGGUAUGGAGUUGCAUUUGCAAAUUUUUAUGCUUAGAUGGAAACUGAGAAAUAAUUACAACAGUAUAACAAACAGCAGAGUACAUACCACCACCAUGCGAAAGACUGAGACCAGGUGACCUGUGUGCCUGGUCAGUCUGCUGUACAGGUGUUAUCUCUCGAUGGGCAAAAUGUAAAGGUAAAGGACCCCAGGAUGGUUAAGUCCAGUCAAAGGUGACUAUGGGGUUGUGGAGCUUAUCUCGCUUUCAGGGCGAGGGAGCCGGCGUUUGUCCACAGACAGCUUUCUAACUGUCCAGCAUGACUAAAGCGCUUCUGGCACAACAGAACACUGUGACGGAAGCCAGGGCGCACAGAAACACUGUUCACCUUCCUGCUGCAGCGAUACCUAUUUAUCUACUUCUAUUGGUGUGCUUUCGAACUGUUGGGUUGGCAGAAGCUGGGACAGAGCAAUGGGAGCUCACCCCGUUGCUGGGAUUAGAACCGCUGACCUUCUGAUUGGCAAGCCCAAGUGACUCCGUGGUUUAGACCACAGCGCCACCCGCAUCCCUCCUGAUGGGCAAUUCCAAGGCCCUCCUGAUCCCCAUGUUUAGAGUGCUUUAUCAUUUAUUUACCACACUUGGACUGGACAGCCCAUCAAACAGAGGAGUCCCCCAAAUAGAGGAGGCCCUUUGCAAGGUUGCACACACCAACACAUUCCAUUUUUUGAAGGGAAUGGAACAUUUUAUAAAUGCAGGAUGAGCAGCACCAGAUGUUCCCCACUUUCCCUUCCUGGGUACAUUUUUGCGUAUUCCAAAUCAGAGUUUGAGAAACACUCGUCAAAAAUAAGAGCACCGGCACCACACAUUGUGGCUCUCUCUCCACCCUCUCGGUUUCCUCUGUCCUUUACUCAUGCAGCAUUUUAAAUAUAGAAAUUAAAAAGGCACAAGCCAAGAACAUAAAACAACAGUUAAUCAAAAGCUGAGUAACAUAAAAACCACUCCAGCUAGAGAACAAAGGGCCUUUGUAAUAGAACAAAGCCAGAGCCACUAGAACAGAGUGCUGAAGUGGAAGGAAAUGCAGUCAGAAUGGGGACACUCAACCUAACUCAAAUCUUGGUACUUGCCCUAAACUCAAACUAUUGGCCCACCUAGCCCAGUAUUAAUUAUUUUUUUGGGAAAUAGUUUUUAUUUGAUUUUACAAGUAUAAAAUUAUAACAAAACAAAAUACAUAUCCAUAUUUAGAGAUUGCUCUGAAUUUCUAGACUUCCCACCUUCCCCUCCAAGGGUCCCAUUGUCAACCUUUUCAACUUCUUAUAAUUUGGCAAUUCAUAAUUUACAUCACUCCAUUUUGUUCAUAAUAUUUGCUACAUUACAAGUGUUAUUGUAAUCCUGCUAAUGUUUUCAUCUGCUUACAGUGGUCUCCCAGAUAAGUUAUAAAUUUUUCCCAUUCCUUAUUAAGUUUAGGUUUUCUUGGUCCCUGAGUUUUCCGGUCAGUUUUGCCACUUCAGCAUAGUCCAACAUCUUAGUUUGCCAUUCUUCUAGUAGGGACUUUGUCCUCUUCCCAUUUCUGGGCUAGUAUCAUCCGCGCGGCUGCUGUUGCAUACAUAAAAAGUCUUUUCUGCUUCUUUGGAAUAUCGGCACCUACAAUUCCUAAUAGAAAAGCUUCUGUUUUUUUAAUAAAUAAAAGUUAUUUUCAAUUCAUUAUAUAUCAUUUCCCAGAAUCCUUUUAUUACCUUACACAUCCACCACAUAUGAUAAAAGGUACGUUCUUUUUCUUUACAUUUCCAGCAUAUAUUUGUACUUUUUCCUAUACAUUUUUGCUAACUUACCAGGAGUCAGAUACUACCGGUACAUCAUUUUCAUAUAAUUUUCUUUCAGCGUGAAACAUGCCAAGAAUUUCAAAUCAGUUUUCCAUAACCUUUCCCAGUCUGAAAGUUUGAUAUUAUGCCCCAAAUCCUUAGCCCAGUGGAUCAUUACAGAUUUAACCUGUUCAUCCUUUGUAUGUCAGGCCCACCUAGCCCAGUAUUGACUGGCAGCAGCUAUCCAAGGUCUGAAACUUAAGUCUGCAUCAAUGAAAGUAUAGUGUCCCAAUGAAGGGAAGUAAUAGUACUGCUCUAUUCUGUCUUGGUCAGUCUACAUCUGGAGUACUGUGUCCAGUUCUGGGCGCCACAAUUUAAGGAGGAUAUUGACAAGCCGGAAUGAGUGAAGAGGAGGGCAACCAAGAGUAUAAAGUGUAUGGAAACCCAGGCUUAUGAGGGAGUUGAGUAUGUUUAGCCUGGAAAAGAGGAGACUGGGAGGAGCCACUUUCCAAUAUGUAAAGGGUAUCACAUAGAAGCAGGGACGGAGGAAGGGAGCGGUGAGGGCGGUCCGCCUUAGGUGUCAUCACUGAGGGGGGGUGACAUUCAGCGUGCCACCUGCCCGUGACUCCCAAGCCUACUCCGAGCCGUCAGGGGAAGGGGCAGAGCUGUGCUGCCUUGCCAGCAACUUCCCCCCAUUCCCCCUUUGUUUUGACAGCUCGGGGGAGGCUUGGGAGUUGCAGGCGGGUGGCACGCCAUUGUUCCCCACUUCCGGGCUGCUUCCGGUGGAGGGGAGGAGCCUACUCUAAGCUGUCAAAAGGAAGGGAGGAAGGCUGCUGGCAAAGCAGAGCUGCUCCCGCCCAGGAAGCAGCCCGCCAUGGGCAGCUCGUUCCACCUCCCAUGCGUGGCUCAUGUGGGAUAUAACGCUGUCAAUCAAGUCCAACAUUCCGAGAGAGGACUAACUGCCUCUAUGGGGCAGGCAUUUUAGUCAGUUGGUCGGUUGCUGCAAGGAGUGUUAACUGGUAACUGUUCGGAUGCAGUCUUCUCAUGACUCACUGCUAUCUAGUAUAUAGUUUAUCUGUUAUGUGACCUAAACCUGUUUUCAGGAACAGCUCUGUAAACCUGAAUGAAUCCGAUAGUAAAGUAGUUUAUGUUAAUACAGUGGUACCUCAGGUUAAGAACUUAAUUCGUUCCAAGGGUCCAUUCUUAAACUGAAACUGUUCUUAACCUGAGGUACCACUUUAGCUAAUGGGGCCUCCCGCUGCCGCCACGCCGCCACCAUGAGAUUUCUGUUCUCAUCCUGAAGCAAAGUUCUUAACCCGAGGUACUAUUUCUGGGUUAGCGGAGUCUGUAACCUGAAGCGUCUGUAACCUGAAGUGUCUGUAACCCGAGGUACCACUGUAUGAUUCAGAUUCAUGUGUGUUUUCUUUAAGAGGGACAGAAAGGGAUUAUCAACCAGGAAGUAAUAAUUAUUGAUAGGACUUAAAAGAGUUAGCAACCCGCUUGUCGCUGCAUAAACUCAAACAGGGGAUCGUUUAAACUCUGCUAAAUUAUAUAAACAUUCCCACAGCUCGCCCCCUGGGACUCUCGCUGCGGUGCCUCCCUUGGAUGCUCGCUGCGGGCGGUGCCCCCCGGGACACUGCCCCCUUGGGACGCUGGCCCUGCCCCCAGGUGAACAGCAUGUGCGCCGCUCCAGGUACCGGAGCAGCUAGCUCCACCUCUGCGUAGAAGAUGGAGCUGUUCAGCAGUGCAACAGACUCCAUUGGAGUAGUGGGCUCUCUUUCACUGAGGGACGGGGUGGCGCUGUGGGUUAAACCACAGAGCUUAGAACUUGCCGAUCAGAAGGUUGGCAGUUUGAAUCCCUGUGACAGGGUGAGCUCCCAUUGCUCGGUCCCUGCUCCUGCCAACCUAGCAGUUCGAAAGCACGUCAAAGUGCAAGUAGAUAAAUAGGUACCGCUCCGGCGGGAAGGUAAACGGCAUUUCCAUGCGCUGCUCUGGUUCACCAGAAGCGGCUUAGUCAUGCUGGCCACAUGACCCGGAAGAUGUACGCCAGCUCCCUCGGCCAAUAAAGCGAGAUGAGCACCGCAAACCCAGAGUCGGUCACGACUGGACCUAAUGGUCAGGGGUCCCUUUACCUUUACCUCUAAGCAGAGACUGGAUGGGCACAUGUUAUGUAUCAUUUAGUUGAGAUUGUGCAUUGCAGGGGAUUGGACUAAAUGACUGUUGGGGUCCCUUCUACAAUUCUAUGAUUCUAUAUUUUCCUUGCUAGCUUUGCUUUUCAUCUUGAGAGGCAAGGGGAUGAACCUGGGACAUUCUGCAUGAAAAACUCUCCUACUGAGCUAUGGCCUCAUCCUAUUUACCAGGUUGCAGUUUACCCACAAGGCUACUAAACCAAGGAAACCAUGUAGUGUUAACUCCGACAUCUCUUUUUCAAGCGCUUUAACACUUAAGGAAGGGGGAAGAAAUUUAAUUCAGCCCACAUUUAUUUUUUAUUUUUUUAUAAGAUAUUUAUUAAGAUUUUCAAAGUUUGACAAAACACACAAGAAAAAAACAAAAAAACCAAAGAACAAAUACAAAGUAAAAAUAUUUAAAAACAAUUCUUUCCUUCCAUUACUUGACCUUCAUUUGCUUAUUUCCAGGACCUCCUCACACCUUCCUUUUUGUAUUCCAGUUCAGUUAUUUCGUUCAGCAAAUCCCUCCCCUCUUUUAGUAUCCUAAUCAUUAGUCAUAAAAAUAUUGUAAUUUUAGAUUUUUACAUAUUAGAUAGUAAACCCUUUUUUCAUUUUCCCUUGUAACCUUUCAGCUAAAGACCACUUAGUUUCUAUCCAACAUCAUUCUAACAUUCAUUAAUUUUACAAUAUUUCUGUAGAUAAUCUUAAAACUUUUUCCAAUCUUCCUCCAUCGACUCUUCUCCCUGGUCUCGGAUUCUGCCAGUCAUUUCCGCCAAUUCCAUAUAGUCCAUCACCUUCAUCUGCCAUUCUUCCAAGGUGGGUAGGUCUUGUGUCUUCCAAUACUUUGCAAUGAGUAUUCUUGCUGCUGUUGUGGCAUACAUGAAGAAAGUUCUGUCCCUCUUUGGCACCAAUUGGCCGACUAUGCCCAGGAGAAAGGCCUCUGGUUUCUUCAAGAAGGUAUAUUUAAAUACCUUUUUCAAUUCAUUAUAUAUCAUUUCCCAGAAAGCCUUAAUCCUUGGGCACGUCCACCAAAGGUGAAAGAAAGUACCUUCAUUUUCCUUACAUUUCCAACAUUUAUUAUCGGGCGCAUGGUAAAUUUUUGCAAGCUUGACUGGUGUCAUAUACCACCUGUAUAUCAUUUUCAUAAUUCAGCCCACAUUUAAAGGUUGAACUGUGAAAUCAGCAUUUCCUGAAACGAUAUGCAGUCUGAAACACAGCCGUUUCUCCAAAUGCACACUUCUCUGAAUUUUGCAGUUCAGUUCUUCAACCAAAUAAGUCAUUCAUAAAUGCAUAUACUAGGGGAAAGUGUGUGUAAGUGGAAACAUAAGUGGGGGAGGGAUUAAAAUACAAAAAUGCAUUAAAUUAGGGGAAAUGGUUUGCAAAAAAAAAACACGGUUAUAAGGUGAAAGUCUGUACAAAACGUGCAUAUUAGAAGAAUGAAAAUGCAGAUUAAUUUUAAUGCAAACUUAAAAAAAGACACACAGAAAAGUUUGGGGAAAUGUGAGGAAGUGAAUUUAAGAUUGGGAAAAAGAUAAAUUGAAAUUGACAGAUUUGUCUACCUCCUAUUAACAAUUUCCCAGCAUUUUACAUAUCCUAACUAAGCCUUCUAUUUCCAUCCCACUUAAAUAAAUAAAAAAAAAUUUCCUUCAACCUACGGAUUAGUGAACAAGGCCACUCAACCCCUUUUCAUAGAGAUUGCUGUGCAUAUUGAGAGAUUCACCCUUGAAGCAAGACAUUGCUGUGAAGCACUUUUUCUUUUUCAUGUAUAAACUGCUAAUUUGACAUUGUUAUUUCUGCUUCUUGUUGCUGCUGUCAUGUUUCUAAUUUUGCAUCUUCACAUUUUACCCUGCAUUUCCUGAUGGGUCACAAUGCCAGAAUGGUGUGGUGUGAACCACGUAUUUUCUUUUCAUAUUUUCUUUCCAAUAAUUUCUGUAGAGAUAACACCAAUGAAUGAUAAAAUUUCACAUGAUUGUUGCUGCUGGUGUUUAGCAUUUAACCAGCAGCUCAAUAUGAUUUAAAUUAUAAUCUGUUUGGCAUUCUCCAAAGUCAGUGAAUUUACCUGUUGUUGUGCCCAUUUUACAGAUGGAGAACUGAGGUUGAAACUUAGCAAGUAAGGUAACCCACAACUGCCUAGUAAUUUAAUGGGUGGCUUGGGAUUUGAACCCAUUCCCAACACUGUGGUGCGUGGCACAGUGACUCUCCAAGGCCUCUUCACCCAACUCUGGUAUAUUGCAGAGUAGUGGGUGUAUAUCGGAUGAAAUUUUUAAAGCGCAUUGAGAUUCUUUGCGAAUGAAAAACUUGUAUAUAAAUGCUGUUGCAGCUAAAUGGGCCUCAUUACCUAUAAUAAGAUGCAAUGAUGUUCUGGAUUUUAGGAGUGUUUCCAGAUUCCUCAAAUGACACUUCUCUGUCACCAACUCAGGCACUUACAAUAAUGUGCCAGUGGGAGGGUGAAAACACCAUCGUUGGAUAUGUUUGUGUGCAUAUGUUUUUAUACAUCCAUCCAGUGGGUGUGAAUAGAACACAACUUCUAUAUAUAAACCCCAUUACAGUAUUACACCGCAAUUUUUUGUCAUUAUCCUCAGUAAAGAUCAGGCUCAUCUGUAGGCAGCAAUGAAAGAAAGUGGAAUAAUGCUGGAAAUGAUAAACACAUUCACUUAGUGGAGGGUUUUGUGGGUGUGCCACAAGAAGUGUACUUAGUAUAUCUUCCUAGUAAAAGGAGUUACAUUACAAGCAUGACUUGGUAUCACCAGAAAUAUUCUUGCCUAUAGUAUAUUGGAGUGGCCCACUGGACUUCCUUUGCAAACUUUACUAGUCUCUUUUGGACUACCACCAAACACGCUAUAACUAUGUUUAACAUCAACCAGUUAUUCUCCACAUAUUGUUCGACUCCCAUCAUUCCUAGGCAGCGUGGCCAAUGGUCAGGGUGAUGGAAGCACAGAACCCAUAAAUUAGGAAGAUAUCAGUUUGGAGAAGGCUAGUCUAAAGUAAUAAUCCUCCACUUUUAAGAUCUGGGUCUCACCAUUAUUAACAACAUUAUUAACUUCAAGAAUGACCCAUGCUUCGUUUUUUAUCAUUGUUGUUGUUGUUUAGUCAUGUCCGACUCUUUGUGACCCCAUGGACCAGAGCAUGCCAGGCACUCUUCUCUUCCACUGCCUCACACCGUUUGGUCAAACUCAUGCUGGUAGCUUCGAGAACACUGUCCAACCAUCUUGUCCUCUGUCGUCCCCUUCUCCUUGUGCUCUCAGUAUUUCUCAAUGCCAGGGUCUUUUCCAGGGAGUCUUCUCUUCUCAUGAGGCGGCCAAAGUAGUGGAGCCUCACUUCCGGGGUGGCGCCAUCGGCAAUGGCGGACUCCCUCUGAUCUGGAGGGACUAGCUCCACGCGAAACGGGUCUUUUCCGCUACGGCGAAGCGGGGACCCUCUCAAAAAUCACAGGCGGAUGAAGCCUGUGACCAUGGGACUCGGCAGGCACCCUUAGCGCCCCCCAACCCUCAAAGGAACCCACUAACGGGCUCCGAAGCGAAGAGGGGGAAGUGGCGCGGUGCUGAGAGUCAACUGCUUCUUCCGUGGAGCGAAGCCGCAUAGCCGUUGCCGGAGAGCGCUGCCUUUUUCCUGGGACAAUUUGGCUUCUAAAAUAAUCACCCGUGAGUACCUAAACUCGGACAAUUGGACUUUAAAUAAGGACUUGUGAGCAGAAAGGAAAAUUGGACUUAAAAGUUUACUUCAAUUUGGCGCUGAAACGGGAAGGUCUAAACAGGAAGUCAGCCUUCCAUUUUUUUGUAGAUAGAUUAAAGCAAAGACAUGGCAAACUAGAGCUCAGAAAAUCGCCUGUAAAAGAUUAACUUUCAUCAUUUAAAAUUGUUGAACCCCCUUCGGAAGCAGGAGAAGAGGGGGGAUUUUUUCGGACUGUUUAAACCUGCAGAAGUGUGGGUAAAGUAAAGUAGCUUUCCACCGUCCUGAUCCUGGACUGUGUUAGGACUGACGUUUUUUGAAGCUCAUUGACCAGAGACAACGUUUUUGACAGAUAGCUAUAAGAAGAGAAACAUUGACUCCAUUGUUCCCCUUUGCUUUUUAAAGGAAUAAAUAUUGACAAAAUAUCUGAAAAAGGAAACUUUGUUGUUAGACUUGUCUUUAAAAGAAAGAACAAAUAGAAGUUUUCCCCCUAGAGCGAGACUGUGAAACUGUAACCAACUCCGGGGAGCUUGCAGCUGUUACAGAUUACAAUCGUGGGAACAGACUUCUGACCUUGCAGGACAAUGUACUCAGAAGCUCUGUUGUGUGCUUUCCAUAAAACAAAUGCCCUACUGGAACAGCUACAUGAGAAGAUGGAUUUGAUUGCUGAUUCGAUCAGAAAUUUUGAACAGGCAGUGGGAAAUUUUGAACAAGCAGUGGGAAAAUAUAUGGAGCCCACCCAGGAAUUAAAUCAGGAGUGUGCCCUGACAGAACAGAUGAGGGAAGAGGAUGUUGCUGAAUCUUGGGCACCAGAGAUGGAGGGAGCUGUGGCCCAACAGGAACAUGAGCUUUUGGAUUUGACAAAUGAACUUGGAAAAAGCCAGAUUUGGAAAGAAAAAGUUUGGUUUGGUUUGGAAAUGGGGGGCUGGAUAGACCCCUAUGCAGGGAUGUUUGGACUUUUCAAGUCUGGCAAUGGGCCGCGAGAUGUUUGGGGUUGUGGGGGCUCCUAAUUUUGGAGGGAUUUUGAAACAUGUUCUUAAAUACCACAUGGAGUUUAGUGUGGAUUAUGGAAAAGGGGCUGAUCCGUCGAGAAGGGUCAAAAACAUUGUUAUGCUGGAGUUCCCACGAGUGAAAGGAGCAGGAGACAAGGGAAAAUACAGUUACAAAUAUGAAGAAGAGCUGCGGAAGGGACAUGAAAGAGACUUAAGGGCCUCGGAUAUAAGGUUACCAGGUUAAUGCGCUAGAUCGAUGGGAUAAUAAGGACUGACAAAACCCGGGACCAGGAGGAAGGGACGUUGGAUGAAUAUUGGAUUGUUUUUAUUUCCUUUUUUUUACUACUAGGAUUGUUUUAUAAAAUUGAUGAAUGUUAGAAAAAUGUUGGAAUGAAAUUACUUGGCUUUAGUAAAAAUGUUUAAAGAAUUAUGUAAGAAUAUUAUGGUUAUGAGAAGUUGGUAAAAAUAAGAUUUAAGUUUUAAGUUUCAAGGUUUUUAUAGUAAGAUAAGAUUAAAAUAGUUUAAGGUAAUGUAUUGAUAGAAUAUUAUGAAAUAUUGAAAGGAUUUUCUGCAUCAAUUAAUAACUAGGAUACAAAAAAAGGGAGGAGGAGGAGGUCAAAGAAAGAAGGUAAUGACAGUGGAGGAUUUGAGAAUAAUGGAUUUGUUUUUAAAUGUUUGUGGUGUAUUUUUGGUUUUUUUGAAUUUGUAUUGUUUGAUGUGGUUUGUUUUUUCUUUGCUCUUUCUUUUUUCUUUUUCUACUUUGUUCUCUUGUGUAACUUUAAAAAAAUUUCCAAUAAAUAUCAUUUAAAAAAAAACAAAAAAGUAGUGGAGCCUCAGCUUCAAGAUCUGUCCUUCCAGUGAGCACUUAGGGCUGAUUUCCUUAAGAAUGGAUACGUUUGAUCUUCUUGCAGUCCAUGGGACUCUCGAGAGUCUCCUCCAGCACCAUAAUUCAAAUGCGUCAAUUCUUCAGCGAUCAGCCUUCUUUAUGGUCCUGCUCUCAUUUCCGUACAUCACUACUGGGAAAACCAUAGCUUUAACUAUAUGGACCUUUGUCGGCAAGUUGAUGUCUCUACUUUUUAAGAUGCUGCCUAGGUUUGUCAUCGCUUUUCUUCCAAGAAGCAGGCGUCUUUUAAUUUCAUGACGGCUGUCACCAUCUGCAAUGAUCAUGGAGCCCAAUAAAGUAAAAUCUCUCACUGUCUCCAUUUCUUCCCCUUCUAUUUGCCAGGAGGUGAUGGGACCAGUGGCCAUGAUCUUAGUUUUUUUUCAUGUUGAGCUUCAAACCAUAUUUUGUGCUUUCCUCUUAUCCAGUUCUAACUGUAGCUUCUUGUCCCACAUAGAGAUUUCUCAGGAGACAGAUGGGUGAUCAGGCACUCCCAUUUCUUUAGGAAUACACUGCAGCAAAAUGUUUUAAUAUGGAGUGCUCCUGUUCAGGUUGCCAGCUAGCCAUGUCUAUUUCUGGGAAGCUAAUUCUGUUCCUUUUCCUUCCUGUGAUUCUGUGGGCAACAAUGUUAUUAUGAAAAUGGCCUGCAUUGUAAGAAACUAACACGUAACAUUUCAGAAACAUGAGUGUUUGGAUUUUUCUGCAGUGUUUCUCCAUUUGUGGAAUGCUCUCCCCGGGGAGGUUCAGCUCACACCUUCAUUAUCUCUAGAUGCCAAGUAAAAGCAUUCCUCUUCAGUCGGGAAGGGGGGAUUAUUGAAUUGUUUCUGCUUCUGUUUUUAUUAUAUAUAUUUUUUGUUUUUUAUAUUGUAAUUUGAUGUUGUGAACCGCCCUAAGAUCUACGGAUGUAGAGUGGUAUGCAAAUUUUAUAAAUAGCAAUAAUAAUAGGAAGAUCUGGAGGGAAAACACUGUGCUUAGAGAGUCCCAGUAAUAUUAUUCCCUCUGGUACAAAGCUGGACCUAUCAGUCACCAAAGAGCUCUCCUUCCUCACCUCUUCUCUCCAUCCUUAUACAACAAGCUUGGGGAGGAACAAUUCAGUUUUUGCAGGCAUGCUGUCUGCACAGAGUUUUUCUGUUUUUGAUCUCUGAAUCCCCCCAAACUGCUUCAGUGGUCUCUGCUCCAAGGAACUUUGGACAGUUCCAAAUCCCUACAGAGCAUGCCAGGCCACAUGCCAGUGGCGGUCAAGGCUAGAGGCAAAAGUGGACAAAACAAUUAAUGUGGAUUUUGCCUUUCGCACAACAGUCUGCUGUCUACAUGCAUUCACACACACCACUCGCUACCCGCCACCUAGGCAAGCAAGAGGCAAUAGUUCAGGGGUUAGCAAACUUUUUCAGCAGGGGGCCGGUCCACUGUCCCUCACACCUUGUGUGGGACUGGACUAUAUUUUGGAAAAGAAAAAAAUGAACAAAUUCUUAUGCCACACAAAUAACCCAGAGAUGCAUUUUAAAUAAAAGCACACAUUCUACUCAUGUAAAAACACACUGAUUUCUGGACCGUCCGUGGGUCAGAUUUAGGAAGUGAUUGGGCUGGAUCCGGCCCCCGGGCCUUAGUUUGCCUACCCAUGCAAUAGGUAAAGGUAAAGGGACCCCUGACCAUUAGGUCCAGUCGUGGCCGACUCUGGGGUUGUGGCGCUCAUCUCGCUUUAUUGGCCGAGGGAGCCGACGUACAGCUUCCGGGUCAUGUGGCUAGCAUGACUAAGCUGCUUCUGGCGAACCAGAGCAGUGCACGGAAACGCCGUUUACCUUCCUGCCGGAGCGGUACCUAUUUAUCUACUUGCACUUUGACGUGCUUUGGAACUGCUAGGUUGGCAGGAGCAGGGACCGAGCAACAGGAACUCACCCUGUCAUGGGGAUUCGAACCGCAGACCUUCUGAUCGGCAAGUCCUAGGCUCUGUGGUUUAACCCACAGCACCACUCGCAUCCCCUACCCAUGCAAUAGUUCAAGGAUAAAUUCAGCCAGGCAAAAAAUGCUCAAGGAGGGUGCCAAUCACAGCUGACGAGGGGUCUGAUUCAGGACAGUGUGUAGCCUGGGGAACACCCCAAAGGUAAGACAGAGAGGUUUGGAGGACUGCAUUUGGCCCAAGGGUCUAAGGUUCAGCUCCUAUAUUCUAUGCACGGCUGGUCCUUACCUGACUUUCAGCCUGGGUGUUUCAUCUCCCCGAAUGUGGCGCCUUCUUGUGCAACAUGGAAUUAUUGAGUGAACAACUGACAGGACGUUUGUCCCGCCUCCCCUCCAAAGCCACCCUGCACAUAACCAUUAGCACCUCUGCAGAAGGAAACAAAGCAAACCACCUCUCUGAAUUAACCUCUCAGCACCGAGUGACUCUCACCUGCCACAGGCAACGGCUGAUGGGAUUAGGUCAGCCUCAUUAAAUGUGGAUAAUCUGAUAAUAAGCACUCUGCUCCCCUGCCCGCCAUAACAACCUGCAUUAUAAAUUCUUCAUAAAGAGGAUGUAUUCUAGCAGAUGCAUUUAAUCUGCUUCAGACUUAGCAUUAGUGGAAAGGGAAAAAAAUAUUCUACUUCCCUCAUUGCCUAACAGGAUUAGUUUAAAAUGUCUUCCUUUUUUUAAAAAAAAGAAAGAAAGAAAAUAAUAAUAAUCCCAAAGUCUGCUGUUGUUGUUAUCAGUUUAAGGAAACACAUACAAUUUUGCAGUUGUCUAUUAAAAAUUAAUUUUUCUCUGCAUUGGGAAAUUGAGGCAAGCGCCAUGCCCAAGAGUAUGUUAGGGUGCAGAAUCAGAUACCGAUUAGCCAAAGCAGUCGUUUCCUUCUUGGUAAAAUAAUUUGUAGCCUCCAGGUUCCAGGCAUCAAUGUGGAGCAUGGAAUAAUUGGGAAAAUGCUUUUUAAAAGUUAAAUCUAUAUAUAACAUACUUAAAGAAAUGGAUGAUCUGAGAGCUUGCAAGGAUAAAAUGAUUGGCUACCUGUUAACGAUCCUCAGGAAGUCAGGAAGCUAUUACGAAGCUAUUAGGAAUAGGUAUCUGUAAGGAUACCUGGGAAGUCAGUUUUUUACGGAAUCUGAUCUGAAUGGACCUUAUAUGCACUUCCCAUACUAACGGUAAUUACACACCAGAUUCUGUACUUUGUCAAUGUUCUGAAACAGUCUUCAGCUUCUUCUUUUUUUAAAAAAAAAAAAGUAUCAAAAGACAUUUUAAAAUGCAUGUCUGGAAGAAAAUCCAUUUAGAGAUGCAUAUUGGAAAGCAAACAUGCUUCAAAAUAUGUAUUUAAAUGCAAACUUUUAAUGUUUAAAUGCAGUUUAGUAUGGAAAUGAGAUAAAGCAAACAGAUGUUGAAUGAGGUUCUGGGAAAGGAAUACAGACCAGAGAUAGACUGAUUCCCCCAUUGUUAGUCGUCUGUGGGGAAUCUCAUUCUCUCACAUCAUGUUUGGGGCAUCAAGAAAAGUCAGAUGCCAUAGAAGAACAAUUUAUUUAUUUAAAUUAAAUAUUUAGUUCAAUGCAUCUGUCAGGCUUCCUGUUCUUGUUAACACCCCCCAAGGGAGCCGUCAGAAUUCCAGAAUGGUUCCUUACUCCAGGUUUCCCCUGGUGGACCCUCAACUUCCCAUGAAGGAAAGGACUUUUCUCACCACAGUGUCCCUUUUGUGAUACACAAAGCUUGCAAAAUUCCCUUUGCUAUCUCUUGUUUCACCUCUGAGACAGCAAUGUAAGAACAUAAGAAGAGCCUGCCAGAUCAGGCAUCCUCUUCUCACAGUGGCCAACCAGAUGACUGUGGGAAACCCAAAAGCAGGAUCCAAGCAGAAGAUUAGCUGGUAUUCAGAAGUAUAGCUGUUCCUCUUAGAAGUGUAGCUAAAGGAACAUCUCCACGCCCAUCGUUCUGCCCGGACACUGAGGUCCAGCUCCGAGGGCCUUCUGGUGGUUCCCUCACUACGAGAAGUGAGGUGGUUUUUUUUUUAAAUGAUAUUUAUUGGAAAUUUUUAGAAUUACAAAAGAGAACAAAGCAGAAGAAGAGAAAGAAAAAACAAAGAAAAAACAAACCACAUCAAACAACACAAAUUCAAAAAACAAAAAUACACCACAAACACUCAAAAACAAAUCCAUCCUUCUCAAAUCCUCCACUGUCAUUACCUUCUUUCUUUGACCUCCUCCUCCUCCCUUUUUUUGUAUCCUAGUUGUUAAUUGUCGCAGCAAAUCCUUUCCAUAUUUCAUAAUAUUCUGUCAUUACAUUACCUUAAUCUAUUUUAAUCUUAUCUUAUAGUAAUAAAGAACCUUAAAGCUUAAAACUUAAAUCUUAUUUUUACCAACUUCUCAUAACCAUAAUAUUCUUACAUAAUUCUUUAAACAUUUUUGCUAAAGCCAAGUAAUUUCGUUCCAACAUGUUUCUAACAUUCAUCAAUUUUAUAAAACAAUCCUAGUAGUAAAAAAAAGAAAUAAAAACAAUCCAAUCUUCAUCCAGCGUCCCUUCCUCCUGGUCCCGGAUUUUGUCAGUCCUUAUUAUCCCAUCGAUCUAGCGCAUUAACCUGGUAACCUUGUAUCCGAGGCCCUUAAGUCUCUUCCAUGUCCCUUCCGCAGCUCUUCUUCAUAUUUAUAACUGUAUUUUCCUUUGUCUCCUGCUCCUUUGACUCGUGGGAACUCCAGCUUAACAAUGUUUUUGACCCUUCUCGACAAAUCAGCCCCUUUUCCAUAGUCCACACUAAACUUCAUGUGGUAUUUAAGAACAUGUUUCAAAAUCCCUCCAAAAUUAAGAGCCCCCACAACCCCAAACAUUUCACGGCCCAUUGCCAGACUUGAAAAGUCCAAACAUCCCUGCAUGGGGGGGGGGGGUCUAUCCAACCCCCCAUUUCCAAACCAAACCAAACUUUAUCUUUCCAAAUCUGGCUUUUUCCAAGUUCAUUUGUCAGAUCCAAGAACUCAUGUUCCUGCUGGGCCACAGCUCCCUUCAUCUCUGGCGCCUGAGGUUCAGCAACAUCCUCUUCCCUCAUCUGUUCUGUCAGGGCACACUCCUGAUUUAAUUCCUGGGUGGGCUCCAUAUAAUUUCCCACUGCCUGUUCAAAAUUUCUGAUCGCAUUAGUCAUCAAGUCCGUCUUCUCAUGUAGCUGUUCCAGUAGGGCAUUUGUUUUACAGAAAGCACACAACAGAGCUUCUGAAUACAUUGUUCUGCAAGGUCAGAAGUCUAUUCCCACGAUUGUAAUCUGUAACAGCUGCAAGCUCCCGGAGUUGGUUACAGUUUCACAGUCUCCCUCUAGGGAAAACUUCUAUUUGUUCUUUCUUUUAAAGAAAAGUCUAACAACAAAGUUUCCUUUUUCCGAUAUUUUGUCAAUAUUUGUUCCUUUAAAAUGCGAAGGGGAACAAUGGAAUCAAUGUUUCUCUUCUUAUAGCUAUCUGUCAAAAACGUUUGUCUCUGGUCAAUGAGCUUCAAAAAACGUCAGUCCCGACACUCCGCUCCAGGAUCAGGACGGUGGAAAGUUACUUUACUUUACACUCACUUCUGCAGGUUUAAACAGUCCGAAAAAAUCCCCCCCUCUUCUCCUGCUUCCGAAGGGGGUUCAACAAUUUUAAAUGAUGAAAGUUAAUCUUUUACAAGCGAUUUUCUGAGCUCUAGUUUGCCAUGUCUUUGCUUUAAUCUAUCUACAAAGAAACGGAAGGCUGACUUCCUGUUUAGACCUUCCCGUUUCAGUGCCAAAUUGAGGUAAACUUUUAAGUCCAAUUUUCCUUUCUGCUCGCAAGUCCUUAUUUAAAGUCCAAUUGUCCGAAAUUUAAGUACUCACGGUUGAUUAUUUUAGAAGCCAAAUUGUCCCAGGCCAGGAAAAAGGCAGCGCUCUCCGGCAAUGGCUGUGCGGCUUCGCUCCACGGAAGAAGCAGUUGACUCUCAGCACCGCGCCACUUCCCCCUCUUCGCUCCGGAGCCCGUUAGUGGGUUCCUUUGCGGGUUGGGGGGGCGCUAAAGGUGCCUGCCGAGUCCCAUGGUCACAGGCUUCAUCCGCCUGUGAUUUUUAAAAGGGUCCCCGCUUCGCCGAAGCGGAAAAGACCCGUUUCGCGUGGAGCUAGUCCCUCCAGAUCAGAGGGAGUCCGCCAUUGCCGAUGGCGCCACCCCGGAAGUCUCACUACGAGAAGUGAGGUUACAGGGAACCAGGCAGAGGGCCUUCUUGGUAGUGGCACUUGCCCUGUGGAACGCCUUCCCAUCAGAUGUCAAGGAAAUAAACAACUAUCUGACUUUUGGAAGACAUCUGAAGGCAGCCCUGUUUAGGGAAGUUUUGAAUGACUGGUGUUUUAUUGUGUUUUUAAUAUCCUGUUGGAAGCCGCCCAGAGGGGCUGGGGAGGCCUGGCCGGAUGGGCAGAGUAUAAAUAAUAUAUCAUCAUCAUCAUCAUCAUCAUCAUCACAGCUGCCUAAUUGUUCAUCCCUCUUUUGUCUUUAUAAGUGCAAGCUUCCCUCCUCUGUUUUUCUUCUCCCUCUGAUUUUGUAUUCUGUUCCCCUGGUCUUUCUAGGUCAGAGGUUCUCCCACUCUUUGCUCCUUACUCUGCAUACUUGGUACUUGCCAGCCAUCCUUCCUCCUUGUCUUCCUCUCUAUGUUUACUGCUUCUCCUAUCACACUCUUCCAUCCUGCCAUCCUUUAUGAGGCUGCAGCAAACACGUGAGGCUGCUGCUCUGCCAUCCCCAUGGCAGUAUUUUAUUUAUGCAUUCAUAUGCAUUUGUUGUCCACCCUUUACCAUGCAGUCCCACAGUGCAACAUAUUCCAUACAACCCAACACAACCAUUAAACCAUGUAAUGCAUAAACCUGACUCAACCAUACACUAAACCGAAUCAAAAGGAGUCGGAAACAGCAGCAGCACUGCAACUGAACGAAUACUCAGAUCUCGUCCUCCACUUGCAAAGACCUGUGAAAAAAAUGUAUGUCUUGGAAUGAUGUCAAAAUAUAUGUAAUGAUGAGGGGAGGGCAUGCCAUGAACUUGGCAGCACCAGAGAAAAUUGAGUCUAUUUAUGCUGUAUCCUUCAGCACCAAAACUAAAUUAGAGGUAUCACCAAAAUACUAAACUACAAAUGCACACAAAAGGGAGAGGAGAUGCAUUCUUCAUAGCCCAGCUAUGAGCUGAGAAUUAGACAAAUUCAAUUGAAAUCCACACUCUUUGAUGUGAGGACUUUAAUGUUCUUUAAUUAGUUGAAAUUUGGAGGGGACAGAGCAGGUAGUGUGAAUUCAGAGAAGUUUAAGAUAAAUAGAGAAAAUAUGAUUAGAAUGUAUUUGAGCAGAAUAGUAAAAGCAUGUAUUUGGUUGAUGAAGUUUUUGGAAUAUCAUACUCUUGUACAUCGUCAUGGCUGCCAAAAGCACUACAAAUUAUGGUGUGACUUGUGAUGGUAGAUGUGGAGUCCAAGUGAGCCUCCUCAUGAAUUUUUGGUGAGAUCUCAUGAGAUUUCAGCAAGAUCUUGCAAGAUCUCACCAUAAAUAGAUGCUGAUGCCCUCACUGCCUCUCUGUUGGAGGUGGAAGCAGCAGGACAGCUGCGGCACCUGAGGGGAGUUUCCACCACCUGAAGUGGCUGCUUCACCCCACCUCAUGGGUAGGCUGGCCUUGUAUGAAGCUAAUCAUGAAAGAGCACUCCAUCCUCACCUUCUCUCCAUACCCUUAUACGACAAGAUUGUGGAGAAAUGUUCAAGUUUUUGCCAACAUGCUAUCUGCACAAUUUAAAAACAACAACACCUGAAUCUUUGAGUCACCCUAAACUGCCUCAGUGGUCCCCAUUCUAAGGCACUUUGGAAAGAUCCAAAUCUAUAGGAAGCAGACCCACUUUGGUUCUUAAUUCAGCAUUCAUCUGAUGCGUCCUCCUAAUGUUUAGCUUCUGACUCAGUCAGAAAUGGAAAGUUUCCUUCCUUCUGUGAAUCAUUCACUCUCUCUCCCUCUCUCUCUUCUUUUGAUUGCCCAGACAAUUUGCUGGGAUGUGUGGAAAGACCAGGAAGAAAUGAGGGGGGAAGCUCAUCUGGCCCAUUUCUUAGUCUUUAUUAUUGGCACAGUGAAAGGAAGCAAAUGUAUGAAGUAAUGAAAGGAAGAAAUAAGGAAGGUUUCAGGCCAAAAGGCUGAGCUGCCCAUCAAGUUAAAUUUUAAUAUGAAUUGUAAGGAAUUUACAUAGUUCCUAGCUAAAGCAGAGCAAAAUUAAGCUGCUUAUGAGUGUACUAGUGUAUAAUCAAAAAUAUGCUUUCACUUUUCAGUAAAUGUCAACCUGGGGUUUAAUAAAAUCCCAUGUUGUGGAACAGGGAACUGGCCCUCACUUUCCAUAUUUUGUGGGGCAUGGGGAGAGACGUGUUUCGACAACUGCCAAAACUUGUUCACUUAUGACAAACUAUUGCCUCUGAAGAUUAAAAUGAAACAGGAUGAACCCAAGCAAUAAAAUAAGAUAAAACUGUGCUAAGACUGUCGUUUUAUUUAGUAAGAAAACAGUAUGUUCAACUAAACAGCAAAUGGAUGAAUCCCCCUAUUGUAAACAGUAUGUCGGGGACUGGCAGGGCUCUGACAAGGGUAUGAAGAAGGCAGGGGGCCCAGACGCUGACCCAGGAGAGGGGGGCAGUGAUUUAUGUUCAAGUGAAGGGCAGGCUGGUUGAAUCCCUGCCAUCUACUGCCCCACUGUCUCCUAGAACCAGGAGGGACUUAUAGAGGGAAGCACAGCAACAACUUCCAUGCAGGGGAAGUCUCAAGCAGCAUGUGCAGACUCUGUCAGAUGGGGGUACAUAAGCCCUGUGUGUGUGUGUGUGUGUGUGUGUGUGUGUGUGUGUGUGUGUAGCCCCACUGUUUUUUCAGCUGCUCCAGUGGGCACUUGGGAAAGUUAAUGCCAGCUACGUAGACUCUAGAAGUGUGUGUGUGUGUAUCUGGUGCACCUUAAGAGCUUCAGUAAGUGUGUGUUUUUGUCAAUAAAGAAUUAACUAUGGGCUGUUUGCCUUCCUUGGCUGGGUGUGUGCAGAGUACAGCACCCAUAACUUGCAGCAGGUUUGAGGAGUCUCUCAUUUUCCAGAUACUGUUGUACUCCAACUCCCAUCAGCCACAGCCAGCAGGGAGGAUGGGAGUUAUAGUCUACAACAUCUGGAGGGUCACAGGUACCCAAUCCCUGAUGUUCUACCAAGAUCAGGACUCCCCUUCAAGUCCAGGUUUCAUGUCUGCACAGCUAGUGGAGCAAAAGUCUGCUAACUCUGAAUAUUUGCUUCUGGGGAUAUUCACAUGAAGAUGAGGAGGAUAUGGAAACUCUAGAACAGAAAUCAAGAACCAGUGACCCUUCAGAUGAGGGUUGACUCCAACUCCCAUAUUCCCUGACAAGUGGCCAUGUUUGGUGAGGCUGGCUAGAGUCCAGAAAGAUCUGGAGGGCAGUGAGUUGUCAUCUUUGUUCUAAAAGCUACGCAAAGCUUGUUGCGGUGACCAGCACACUGUUAAAAGGCUCAGGUUGUAGGUAUGGUGCUUUUGGGGGAUGGGGAGAAAUGAGAUUCUAAAGUUUUGCAGAUAAAUAGGAAAGAGUCCAAGAUUCUGGAAGCCAGCACAUCUCGUGUGCCCCCAGCAUAAACAUAAUAGAGUCUUCAUUUUUCAAGACACCUCAAAGUUAGUUGUAUUUUUCUAGCUACAUUUUUAUAAAUUAACUAUGCACGUAUCUGAAAAGCAAACUUGAAAUUGCUUCAAGGAGAGCUGGCAACCUGACCUACAAUUAGCAAUGUUUUGGAGUCAUGAAGUUUUAUUUUCAUCUUGACAACUAUUAUUUAAUAUAUAUUGCUUUUUAUAUCCUGCUUAAUGAAUACGAUAUAUCUGAGCCAGACUGGAAAAUACUUCUCCCUGAUCUGACCCAGUGCAUGGAGUGUAAACAGUUUCAUCCCAUCCACCCUGUGUCCCUGUGUCUGUAUCUCUGUUGCGUGACCUGUUGUUGCUGGUGAGUGACUGCUUGGGUUGGGAACUGUUUGUAAGUUAGCACAGGCCUUCCACUCAAGGCCUGUGGGAAGUAAAUGCCAUUAUCAAUCAAUCAAUCAAUCUCCUUUUUUGUCAUAGAAAAAGUGCAUCUAAUACAUGUAUCAGAACACAACACAGUUAACAAAACAUAGCAGGAGAUACCUUAGUACCUAAAAGGAGCUUUGAGGGAGCUGCUCUGGAACAAACUGUCCAAAUUGAACAUUGAUGGAAAGUUACUCUUUCUCAUCAGAAAAAAAAACACACUUCCAUGUGCUGCCAGGUGAAAUGCUCCCCAUUAGGCAGGCUAACCCCCAAAAUCAUUGCCAACAAAGGGGUAAACAAGGGUUGUGUCUUAGCCCCGUAUUUAUUCCACCUUUUCUUAAACUCCCUUGCUCCCUGUUUACACAGGGUGGAUGGCCAUUGCCCGAAGCUCAGUUCCAUCCACGUUACCAUCUUACUAUAUGCCAAACAACGCAGUCAUCUUGUCUCGCACAAGGGUUGGCUUGAAGCAGCUUUUGUGGACUAUUGUAUAGCCAUUAUCCAGGAAGACCACUGGUGAUAUAUUUGAGUAGUUUUAACUGAGAGCUGUGACAACAAAUACAGGAGAGAUAAGUACCGUAUUUUUUACUCUAUAAGACUCACUUUUUCCCUCCCAAAAAGUAAGGGGAAAUGUGUGUGCAUCUUAUGGAACGAAUACAAGCUGCACAGCUAUCCCAGAAGCCAGAACAGCAAGAGGGAUCAUUGCGCAGCGAUCCCUCUUGCUGUUCUGGUUUCUGAGAUUCAGAAUAUUAUUUUUUUCUUGUUUUCCUCCUCCAAAAACUAGGUGCAUCUUAUGGUCUGGUGCGUCCUAUAGAGUGAAAAAUACGGUACACAGAUGCCAACUCUGCACCCACAUUAUGUUUGGCAGCACAAUUACAGGUAGGGAUAUUGAAGAAUUCUGAUAAAAAUGAAAACAAGAGUGGAAUUUGCUGAUGUUUGGAAUGGAAUGCAAUCCAGAGACUAUGAUAGAUAUUCCUUGUUGUUGUUGUUUUCAGUCCACAAACAGUAUGCAAUUGACUACAUUCCCCCCAUCUGCACUUUGUUUCCUUUGCAUUGAAAUGAAUGGGGUGGAAUAACAGAACGACAAUUUACAAAAUUAUUUGCAUAAAUUAUGUAAGUUAUGGCAUUUCUCCACAGUGAAGUGACUAAUAUUGGUUUUGGCGAAAAGCGAACUGCAUUGGAAUGGAAACAGGGCUGCCUGUGACAAAUACAGGGUUGAAUGUAAUGUGAUGCUUUCUUACAUCCCUGAUUACAGGACCUGAUAAUGUCACCCACAACAUCAUUUUCCAGUGUGAUGUACACCAUCAUCUGCCAGCGAUGCCCUUCUGCAUACACAUCUCUAUACAAAACAAUGAAUCGACACAAAUCUGACAUGAGAAAUGGCAACCUAGGAAAGCUAGUAGGGAAAAUGUUUCAGCCUCCCAGGGCACUGUGACUGACCAGAGAGUGACCAUCCUUGAACAAAGAAACUUCAGAAGGAGACUGAAACAUGAAACAGUUGAAUUACAAUACAUCAAGAGCUUCAGUGCUGCCACUUUUAGAUUGAACUAGCACAAAUGUACCUGCACC